AUGGUUGUGGAGGGGGACAUGGCUGGGUUCGUGUCCCAGAAGGAGAUCGUGUAUAACGGUCUGCUUCCGUACGCGGACCGCUUGGACGGGGAGGCCACGGAGCUGCUGGCGGAGAUAAAAGCGAACCUGUCCAGAGCUGUCCUCCUCAGGGAGUUGUGGCCCGGGGUCGCGUUCUGGUCCAGGAAACUCUUCUCGUAAGUUGCAAACCUACAAUUACUCCAUCAGGACCCCAAAUAGUACCCCCAAAGGAGCUCUUUUGUGCUCUAAAGCCAGUUUUUAAAGACGCUAAGUGGUUUGACAGAGUGUUUUUUCACUGCAGAGCUUCAACAGUUAUCAUUAACGUGCAUGAAUAUAUAUGAAACUCUGGCACAGUUACAACAAAAACAAUAAAUCUUCAUUAAAGUGCAUUAGGAUUAAUCAAAGGGCUGUUACAGUGAAUCAUCACAGAUGGCCAGCUAUGAUAAAUUUGAAUUAUAGACCUUAAUUUUUAAUAUUAAGUUAUACUUCAACAAAUGGAUUAAAAGGAAUAUAGAUAUUUCUUUCUGGAGUCUUUUAAUGCAAAGACCAUGUGUUGUACCUGGCCUUCCCAGACAACCUACAUCUGUCUUUAAAGAGCAUGUGUUUGGCCCUUUACUUUAAGAUAAAAUGGUAUGUUAAAUCUCUUUUUCUUGGCAUCAGGUUCGAGUCAAAGAGGUUAGUCAAGGUCUCAUAUUGAGGAAAUUGGCCACGGAAACUGUCAAUGUGAAAAUGUCUGUGUGAGAGGAUAAACAGUAUAGGAUCUUCAUGAUGCAGACUCCUUGGAUAUUCCAGUAGACAUCCUCUGCGUCGAAGAAAGUGAGAUGUUGAUUGUUGCUGUUGUUACGUCCUGUUUUUGGCAAAUGUCAGUAAAGUUUAAUGACAACUUUUGGUGUAAUAUUUUUUGAGUUGGCAUAACUGAAAAUUUUGAGUUUAAUGAAAGUCAAAUAUAGCUAAAUGCACAUGAGAAAAUUAGUUAUCGUCACUUGAAAUGGAGAGUUGAAUCGGGAUAAAUUUCAAUACAGAUUUUUAGUACAAAAAACUUUUCGAUCAGUUUAUUCAACUCAAAUAAUCUAUUCUAUUCACUUUGGUAUUUGCGUUGAUUCUACUUAAUUACUUAACUGAUGCACCAAUAUACUAACAUACGAUGCGAAAUUACGAAAUAUUGCAGUAUAUUUUGUGAAAAAGAUGCGUCCCGGGUGGAAGCGAGAAGACUGACACAACAGCAGACUGAGUGUUUUUCAGUUCUGAUUAGACUCUAGUGUUGAGAUGGCUGUCUGUCAUGAUAGCAUGUACUGAGUCGGGGCCAGUACCAGAUAAGCACAUUAAACUAUAAUCCAUAAACGUAAGGUAACAACUGAGACCUAAGGGUGCUGUGACAGCAACGUGAUUGAGUUUGAGACAGUGAAAAUACAUAUGGUAUGUUGUAUCUGAACAGGUUAGCUUACGAGCUAAAGUUACUUAGCACAGAUGAAAGUUAAAACAAAGACGUUUAGCAAACUGUUAAAGCAAACAAACCAUCGUCAUAUGAGAAAUCCGACGCUAUGACUCUCCACAAGUUGUCCUUCAGGUCGUUAUCUUUGUAAUAUUUGUGUCUUUUAUCAAAAAGUACUCCGACACGUAAACAAUCAGCUGGUCGGCCAUGUUGGAUAUACCGGUGGAUCUGAAGUCACAACAACACGCAAUCUGAUUGGUCAGAAGUGGACACACAGUAUGCAAAACUUUUAAAAAAUCGACCGUGAUACGAAAAAAUAAAUGCCGCAAUAUCGCAGGACAGGAAAACCUCGCUGAUGUGAACGCUUGUAAUAACAGGAUACGGGUUUGAAAAAAAAUAUUGACAAAAUAAUUGCACGGAAAAAAAUGCUCCCAGUGUGAAAGGACCUUUACAGUGGGAACAGACCCUAAAUAUUACAAUAUAGAGAUUGUUGAUGUUGUCAUUGAUGCUCUCAUUUGCUUUUGUACAUCCUAGAGAUGCAUCAAUUUUCAUUCCAGUCUGUUUCAUAACCUGCUUAAAUUUCCACACAGGAGCUUUAGGCUGCACGCUGUUUUUUUUUGCUUCAUCUGACACCUUCUCAAUUUGCGGUUGCCUGCAGAGAUGUUCGUGUUUACUUGGCUCGACAAUCAAAGUUUUGUACCCUGUUAGUUGGCACCAGUAGAUGAUGUCCUGUACUGCAGCCCAGUUUGGUAUUACUCUGAUUUAGGAAAUGGAGAUAAAAUUGCAUGCAGACUGAGUUUGAGCACAGUCAUGUUGAUGUUACACUACAAGGAAGAUCCUAGCUCGGCUAAGUUAGUCACUCCCUAGUUACAGGCUUCGCAAAAAAGCUCGGUAUUAAUAGAGAAUUUUCUUGUUGAUACGCUUGUGUGCUUUUGUGGGUCACUUAGAGCAACAAUAUUAAAUUCAGUCUGUUUUAUAAGCAGCUAAAAGCUCCCCACAGAAUCUUUCAGAGCCCUGUAAGGUGCUUUUAGUCUAGUCAAUUUGGUGCCUCCGGUAAAUACAGCGGUAUGUUUAUUUGCUGAUUUUGUCCUGUGUAUUUGGAGGGAAUGCUUUGUCACAAUAGUUAAAUACAUCACAAGCUUUUAUAUGUGUGGUAAAAUAUGUAAAAAUAGCUUUUCCUACAGUAGUUUGUGACUACCUUCGUCUGACAGACACCACAAGGCAGCAAUUGCAGGCAUAAAGAAAUUAUAGUAUGGAAAAUAGUGACUUUAUUAUAUACAAUAUUAUUAAAGUCGAGGUAAUUAUGCCUGAAUCCAGGGGAAAAACACAACCUCUCUCUUCUCUGUCCUGACCGCUCAGGUUUCUGAAGCUGUAUGGACGAAGGUUCAGCAAAGAGGACCACAUCCUCUUCAUCAAGCUGCUGUAUGAAUUGGUCACACUGCCGAACCUGGAGCCGCACAUGAUGCAGAGCUACGCCAAGCUGCUCAUACAGCUUCUCAAGUGAGUGUGACACACAAAUACAUAUAUGCAUGUAAAGAUAUCCAAGCUUGGUGAACUGCUGCUCCUUCGUAUUAAUAAAAGAAGUGGGAUCAGGUGGUGCAGACCUCCCAGUGGAUCCACAGGCAGACAUAAAGUGCGUUUCCCAUCUGGCUUGGGAUCCCGCAGGAGGAGCUGGAGUACACGGUUGAGGAGAAACAUGUCUAAACUGUGUCUGUACAUCACAGGGAAAUCUCUCUUGGACAGAUAAAUUAUGAAAGAAAAACUUCAGUCUUAGUUUUCGUAGUGGAUGCUCUCGAUGUCGGAAAGCUUGACUCUCCAGCAUCAGCGUCUUGUAUUCAUCGGUAUCCUUUAAUGAGAUCAGAGAGCGGCCCAAUUGGUAAACAGUGUGUGCUGCAAGUGGUGUCAUGAUGUGAAUACUUGUGACGUGUUAAAGUGGAUUUUUCACUUAGCCCCUCUGGCCCUUUGAAUGCUGCUAUUUAAACAACCUGCAGACUCAAGUAAGUAAUUCAGAAAGCACUCACAGAGCAGAAAUGUGUAUGGAAACGGCACAAUCCUCCAGAACAGAUGUCUCUUUGAAGCCGUCGCAGGUGAAAAUGUACAAAAUGUGAAAAAUACCAAAACCCACAUCUCAAUACAGUCAUCUUUAAUCCAGGACUGACACUAUGGCACCUGUGGUUUUAGACCUUCAGCGCUUUUUCGACAGUAAUAUCAGUUUACAUUUUUGUGUUAAGACUUAUCUGUCUUUAUUUUGUAUAAAUGAAAUAGUAUUUCUUUUUGAUGAAGUUUAAAGCUACUGUAAAGAUUUUUUAAGCAGGUAAAUACAGAAUUAAAUUAAUAUUAAUGCCUUUAUUGUAGUCCAAAGAAGUAAAAAGAUAAUUAGUCCCAAAACUGAAUGUUUCUACAUGGUUAAUUUUGAUGUCUGAAAUUGCUGGCAGGGGGUAGGUGUCAGAAACAUUGACUGCAUGGUAGCUAAACUGUCUUUUUUACAUUUUCCUUGGCUAAUGGGUGUUAAAAUGAAGCAGGGUGACUUUUAUGCUACUCAGACAUGCUCUACACAAACUCAUCAAAGAGAGAGGAGGAGCCAAAAUGAGCACAAAGCAAAAGUUACUGACAGUAGCUUUAAGGUGGUGUUUUUAUGGGGACUCAAUGAUCACACAAACACUAUGGGGAAAAGACGCUCAGACAUGCUCUGCACAAACUCAUUAAAGGACAAGGACAAUAUAAUUAACACUAUACAUAAAAGCUAGAGGAUCUAAUAUGGAAGUAAAUCUGUGCCAUUUGAUUUUGAAUUCAAAUUUCCAAAGCCGAAAUUUUUUCGCAAAAAAAAAUCAGUUUUUAAAUAUUUUAAAUAUUUUUGAGGGACCGAUUUGUUUUUACACUGAAUUUAUUUCAACAUUGUGAAAAAUAAGUGUCAGAAGUUCAAUGAUUUUGAAAUUCAAAGUCUGAUUUUGAUGCAUAAAAAAAAUUCAGCUUUAGAAGUUCAAAUUCAAAAUCAGAUGGCACAGAUUUACUUCCAUAAUCUAAUCUCAACAAUUGUUCAAAACUAAUUAUUGAUUUUGAAAUGAUUUCAUUGAUUUGAAAAUGUUUUCAGCCCUUGGUGCGAGGGGGUAGGUGUCAGCGGAGCAGCUGAAGAAACAGUCCCACAUAAAGUUUUCACAAUAACUGAUAGAUCUGACUGCUAAAAAGAAAGCAAGAUGAAAAUUGAUGGAAAUGGAAAAUUCCUCACCAGAGCUUUAAUUCCUCUGUAAUAGCCUCUAUUAUUUGUGUCCUGAACCUCUCUUCCCUUUCCUCCACUGUAUCAACCUCUAUCUUGCUCACCAUAAUAAACUAAUGUCAAACUGACCUAACUACUUCCAGCAGUCAGUUCUUCAGAAUCUGGGAUGAGAGCUGUAUCCAUAGCAACAGUGUUCUGUCAUUAAAUAACAGGCCAGUGCUGUGAAGUAUUGACCAAUCAUAAUCAAGUAUUCAAUACACUCAUGUAUCAAUGUUAAGUGCUCUAUGUGCACAUUUAAAUGUUGAAGAAGUGGUGCCAAAGUAAGGGUUCAGGGCCCCUCCAGGGGUCACAAAAUAAGACCCCUGUAGAUGUAAAUGAAGCAACAAAAAACUUUCUUAUAUUGUUUUUAAAAGUUGAAUCUCAAUGGUGACUAAGCUUGUUACAACAGCUGAAGCAGUAAGCGUAUAAUAUAACUGUAGGAAUGUAAUGGAGCAUUGCGUUUGAAGCUGCUGGAUUGGAAAUGCUUUUAUAUAUAUAAAAAAAUAAAUCCUCAAACCUGGACAUUAUUGUAAAAAAAAUACCUGAGACAGUCUCAUUAAUCACUUUCUGUUUGUCUUCAGUUGUUUCCAUGAUUUUCACAUCAAUCAGACCACAGCACCUUAAUGUAGAUGUCGUCCGUCUGAGUGUUUUCCAUGAGAUGAAAAGAGAAAGAUCCGGCGGUAUAUGAAGUGCCAGGUUUCACUGCUGAAAGAUGAAUUUGAUAUUCAACAUCGCGCACUGAGUCUCCGUGGGCUUUUUUCUUUUUAAGUCUUGCUUCGCAUUUCACUGUCAUUUCCCAAUUGCCUUCUCUUCAUUUUUGAAAUCCUCCCAAUGAGACUCUGUUUCAUGGAUAAAUAAGAGAGGAGGAGACGAGAGGAAUCAGAGGAUGAGGAAAUGUGCAUACUCUACUGGGCUGGGACUUCUUUACACAUUUUUUGUGUUUUUUUUUCCUCUGAAAUUGGGUUCUUACAAAAAGACUAAGUAACAGAGAACAAAGGCAGCAUUUUUUAAAGCUUCUCAGGGGAUUUUAAACUCAUAGAGCACUCAUCAGCAGUACUGCAGCGAAUGUGCAACCUAAUAGCUUAAUGGAGUGUUUGAAAAAUAAGAACCAAGGUACAAAACUACCUCUAAGCUGGGUUUGCUUGCAGAGAAACAGAUGCAUCUGCUUAAAGAUCCUUAUUUUAUUUGAUGGAGCAUGACAGAAUCCACCUACCUGAGAUUAAGGUUCAUCUGAGUACAGUAUAUAGACUGAAACAUUGGUUAAAGCGCCUGUAUGAAAUCAGCUGAAAUGCAUAUUGACGCUCUUUUAUGAUGUAAAAAUGCAAACAAGAUCAUUAGCAACAAGACGGAAGGUUGUUUUUGAUGCCUCAAAUCGGUGCAAGAUGGAAGGUGUUAGCCAAGCAGUUAACACUUGGAACUCCGCUGGAUCGUCGGCAGUCCCACGUAACACCAUUAAUAUUGUUUACAGUUUCUCGGGAACUAUGCCAUGUAUCUCUAUGGGAUGAAAAGUGUUCAAAAGCUUACCCUUUUGGCAAUCUCUCGAGGGUUUCCAGGCAUUUCUACACAUCAAAGAUGUUUCAUGGUAAAUCCACGGUGAUAUACCGAUGAAAAGAUGAUUAGUUAUCAUAUUGUUGAGUAAAUGCCGGUAAUGUCUUUCAGGUUUAACAAUUUGUUUGAUAAUGUUUUUUUCUGUCAAACUUUUGACCAAUUACAUGGUCUCAUAUUCUUCUACUAUUGUUCCCUUGACGGUAGUGUCCAAUAAGAGGCAACCAAAGAUCAACAAAAUUAUGUGCUAUCAUUUAACUUGACGACAGAAACAGCACAUCCAAACUACUGCCUAGCAGCGCCUGCCAGCUGUAGUUAAUAUCAGCACACAGUAGGGCUGGGCGAUAAAACGAUAACAAUAUAUAUCAAAAAUUAAUUUCCCUCCAUAUCGAUAUAAAACAUGGUCAAUAUGCUGUCGGCAUUCUGCCAUGUUUUGGUAGACUAUACGAAUACUGCGUAGUAGCAGGCUGCAGCUACACGCAACCAUAGCACUUUAACAAUGAAAACAGACGACCAUUUCGUCCACUUUCUCAAGUGCAAUGCCUUACGAAAAAACGUCUAAAGACGAAGAGACACAAAGACCUCACAGACGCAGUAGCUUAUUGUUUUGUGAAAGACAUGCUACCAAUAAUCACUGUUAAAUUCCAUUUCUUAUAUCAUGAUAUUUAUCGAUAUCGACUGAUAUGUAAAAAAUAUAUGUCGUGAUAAACCUUUUCCUUUACUGCCCAGCCCUAGCGCACAGCAUGGCUGAAUUUUAUAACAUGGAAUAUUAACUAUGCAGUUCUGUCAGACAGUCCUCAACGUCAUUUUCCUUGUCACCCUCGCCAUCCUCCAUCUGCUGCAUCACAAUGUCCUCACAGAUGUUAGCAUAUGAAGUUCAUAGAUAAGUAGUCUAAGAUGCUAAAACACCCACGUCAUUGGGUUUUUUCCUGAAUGAAUCAUCCUCUAAUCAGCUGAUUGGCUUUAACAGUCCUCACACAGGAGAAAAAUACUCUGAGGAAAAGAGCUGCCAUGGGACUCGGGUCAGUGCUAACAGACUGACUGCCCACCCUGUCCCUUCAUGCCUCUGUUUACAACGACGCCUUUCACAAUAUUAAUGUUAUACCAGCUGUAUCUACACCUGCGCAUUACCAUCGUCUGCAGCUGUCACUCCCCUCAUACUUUAUUGAACCCAAAGAGUCACGAUGAUGUGUUUGCACACAUGUCAGGAGACUGUCAGACAUCAUGUUGAGCUCUGCUCUGCUGGGUAGUGACUCAUUUCCCACGAUUGCAGGCUCCUUCAGACACCCCGUGGUUCUUCACUUCAGUACAACAUUAUUACUGUCACUUUGUCUUGCCUAGGGUUUUUGUUUUGAAGGGUUGAACCUGACACGCAGUAGAUAAUUGACUCUUUUUCUUUUUAAAUACAGGAAGAAGGAACUACUAUCAAGGGAAGACCUGCAGUUGCCAUGGCGACCGCUCUAUGAUUUGUAUGAGAGGGUUGUCUACUCCAAAACUGAGCACCUUGGACUCAUCUGGUUCCCAAAGUAUGAAUUUUUAUUUCUUUUUUCUUACUCUUACAUAUAUUUCUCAUACUUACAUAGUUUCCCUUCCUUUUUUAAACAUAUCUGAAAUUUUGGCGUUUGGUAAAAUUUGCCUUUUGCUCUCGGUUAGAUUAAAAGAUUAUGCCACUCUACUGUUGUUCAAGUUGACGCUAAUUACAGCAGCCAGCUAACUUAGCUUAGCACAAAGGCUUAAAACAAGGAAGCAGGCGGCCCGGCUGUCUCACUCUUUGGUUUCCUUUCCUCUAAUGAGAUAAGAGAGAACAGCUUUGUUGGUAAAAAACCACUGUGCCAAAACUGGUUUACUGAUGUCAGGACACAUGACCUGUUCAAGUGGAUUUUAUUACUUACCCUCUGCCGUGUGGGAAGCUGCUGUUUAAACAGCCUGAUCACAUAGGAAGGACAUUCAUAAGGGGAGAGUUAAUACAUCCAGCUCAGGUUCUCCGUCAGAAUAAACAGGAUGAAAGAUAGUCCUAUCAUCUUUUUGUCUCGUUUAUUUCCAAGUCCAAAAAUGUGUCUGGCAACUCUCGAGUCCUGUGAUAUUUAUAGUUGAAGACGGCAGAUCAGUCCUAAUGCAAAGUGAUAACAGUAUUUAUGCCAAGAAACUUGAGUGAGGACUCAAACAGGGGAAAACAAGAAUCCCAUCUACAUCAAGGUUAUAAAAUCAUAAAACCAACUUCAGCUAAUGCACUAAUUGACUCUUUGCACAGGGUUUUGUUUGGGUAAUUCAUAACACAGCUGCAGAGUGAAAUGACAAAUCACUGUUUUGUGGAAAGCUGUACGCACAACUUCUUCUUUGUCAAGGCGUGAGAGUUUCCUGGACAUCCCCUGGUCCCCUGGUUUCUUUAACUAACAAACAAGAUACUCGCUGGGGUGCCAGUGCUUCCAGUUUAUGCAGUUUUGGAAAAAGAAAUUUCCUCUGUUUUUCUGAAUUAACAAGACAGCAGCACCUUAAAAUCCCAAUGGAGGCGCUCAUUUGGCCCACUUAAGGAAGUAAACACCUCUGUAUAAAUUAAAGCUCCUAUAAGGAUUUUUUUUUAUGUUUAUGAAACUGGCUAAGCGAUUAAAAGUUCCUCUCUGGAGCUUUAACCCAUCUUAAUUUUAUUUUGGGUUUGAUGGAUUCUUUGAGUAAUAUUGUUAUGUUUGUGUUUGGUAUUGAUAUGAGUUUGUCGAUUUUUCACAUGAACAUUAAGGGUUAAGUUGUUGGAUGUUACAGUGUUUUUCCAGGAUGAUUUAGUUCAUGUUGCCGCUUAAUGAAUAUAUGAUGGUGCAUCUGAAAUACUUUAUAGUUGGCUGCUUUUUGCCUCUAUGCGCCCCAUGCAUAGAGGCAAUAAUCCUCAUCUCAGUGGUCGCUGAUACAGGUCCUAACCUUGACCUUUCUCUUCAUGCCUUCUACUGAAAUUUCCCUCUAGAUCAAUAAAAUGUCCAUCAAUCUGUCAAUCCAAGGACAUGGGCAAUUGGGUAAUCACUGAAAAUACAAGAUAAAUCGAGUGCAAGUGAGGCACAGUACUUCAGAAAAACAGAAUUUUCACAGAACACUUUUGUUAUUGUCUUUUGUUAUUAAAAAAAUAUAUAUUUUACUGAAGUAAUUGCAGUACACUUUCACACUUCUACAUGAAAUUGUGCAACUCUCCUUCCUUUGGCUCUGUAUUGUUCUUCUGGAAGCUUCUUGGCAACUUAAACUAACUGAACAUAUUUCAGGACACUGUCUUUAAAACCUUUAUUUCAGCCUCUAUCUAAGACGCCCCUGUCCCUGUAAUGCCCCCCAGCAUUCCUGGAUCCAGCAUUCUGGAAGCCUCCUUCACUGUUGCCACGCAUGCCAAAGUUGAGAUUCAAUAUCUGGUGACUGAUCUCACUGAAUUAUUGUUCGACUUUUUGAGCAAACCGGUCAGAGCAUCCGUCUCUCUCAUUAAACCUUGAAUCUGAGACAUGUUAAAGUACUGAUGUCCAACAUUUAAACUUCACGUUUGUUUUUUUUUUAAAUAUGAGAAAAGCAAAAAUACCUCUUUUAAUCUAUUUAAGUUCAAUUCAAUUCAGUUCAAUUCAAUGCAACCCAAUAACAUCAUGAUGUCAAUUAAAUGUUGAUAUUCUUGAUAAGCUGUUGACUCAUUAUAACUUUGGUGACCCCCUGCAGGUUAAAGGAGUCACUCAAUGCUCAAAAGAUUCAGCUGUGUUCCAUUGAGUUAAUGUAAGACAUUGAUAUUUCUAACAAAGAGCCCUUUAUUAAAGACACGUCCAUAAAACACCUUUAAGACACCAUGAAGCGCUGAUAAGAUCGUCUAAUUCUCUAUUACAAUAUUAUAAAGCUGCACUUUCAUUUGGAUCAAUAGGUGGUUUGUUAGUUAAACCCCACCUGAGCCGGGAAAAGCUUCUGUAAUGUGUGAUGUUAUCCUGAAGUCUACGGGCCAAGAAGCUGAACCUUGAAGAAAAACACUGUUGGGACUAAAAAAGUGUGCCAAACAUAUUUUUUUCAUGCGCAGAGAUUUUCAUGUUGCUCUGUUUUCCCUCUCUUGUUUGUUGUGACAAGGCAAACCCUCUCAAGAUGUUAUGUUGAACCCUGUGAACUCUUCCAUGGGUGAUAUUGUCUAACUUUUGCUGACUUAAAGAAUAAGGACAAAAAAAACAAAAAAACAACCAGUUGAAAAAUGAAGAGUACAGCUCAGACUCGCAGCAUGAACGUUGAUAUAUUUUAUUAGAGAAGGAUCUGAGGAGAGAGUGAAAACUGAAAAACUUCUGACACCUACACACCUUGUCUUUCUGCUUGUUCGCAGCUCGGUGGACCACAUCCUGAAGGCUUUGAUCAAAAGCUGCAGACUGUAAGUCUCAUCCGAUGUGAUCAUGUCAUUCAUAUGCUUGAUAAUGUAUCACUUUGAUCUGCAGUUGUGUACUGUAGAUGUGUGAAUGUUAUUUUUGAUAUCCAACCCUUUCUUCCUGUCUGCAUCUAUUUGUGCUCAUGUCUGUCCUUCCUCGUGUGUGUGUAUUUGUGUUUGUGUGGGUGAUUUUCCCAGGUAUUUCCCUGCAUCAUCCACCCAGGAGAUGCUGGAUGAGUGGCGCCCCCUGCUGUGCGUGUUCGACGUGGUCAUGCAGAAGGCUAUCAGUAACAUGGAGCUGUUUCUGCCCACCAUCAUGCCCCCAGAGGAGCACAGCCAGGGCUUCCAGUAAGUGACUUAAACAGCUCUGUUCGGAAAUAAGAUUACACGCCAAGUGCAGCUUGUCCCAGCCAGAGAAAAUAUAACAGGUUUAUGAAGUUACAGCGACGGCAUCCUUUUGUUUAUUUGUGGAGCAAUCUCUGCAAGCUGGAGAAGGUGAAACAGGUUACUUUUUUAGGUCCUGACAUGAAAAAUGACCCUUAAAAAAUGUGGAAUUAAGUCAUUUGUUGCUACAAGUAUUUUGAGUGUAUGUCAUGCUUUACUUCAUUUUCAGGCUCUGGAAGUCCACAAGAGCCCACAUCCACAGACUACCUAAUGUGGGAUUAAUGCUUAUAAUAGUAGGCACAGGAUAAAGCAGUGAAUGAUGGUUUCUAUUAAAAACUGUUUCUUCAAAAUGGCCUUAGAAACAUUUUGGUCUUUAUCAUAAUGAGGCAUUUAUGAAGAAUAAUCCUACCAACCAAUAACGACAAUGGGAUGGAGUCCUGCUACAGAUUUUUGGCUCUUAAAGGGAUACUCCGGCGAAAAUUAAUGUAAGGUCAAACACACCGUAACACCAAGUUAGACGCCCCGUCGAGAGAUGAAUGUUGCCGACCGCUUUCUUCUCUAGUUAUACCAACUUUAGUAGCGACCGCACAAUAGCAAUACACAGCGGUCUGAGGAGCCAUAAACAAACCUCAACCAAAACGCCACUUUAUAGCCACAAAUAAUGCUCAGAACAGCACCUAACUUCAUCAACAGUAUAUAUAGGGUCCCAGCCAUAGUACUAGCCACUGAAUAUCUUUUUAGCUUUGCCUAAUUUCUUUAGCAAAGAGACUAAACACAACUCACCUAAUCUCUUCCAGCGGCCGCUUGUUUGUAUCGAGACCUCGGGCCAGUCCAUUACGGACUACAGCGGGGUGAUGCAGCUCAAGGAAGAACAUUAAUGAUCAUUUCUUUAUCAUUUCCUUGAAGUAAUUUUCACCAUAUUAAUAAUUUUGCUUUACAGACACGGUAGUUCUCCUGCCUUAGCGUCUCAGUCUGAUUGCAUUUCCAUGAAGAAAUUAUCAUAAAUGUUCUUCCUUGAGCUGUGUCAACCCCAGAAACAUCACUUCUAACAUGGGGACCAUUUAGCACCAGAACUCUUCUGUUGUGAUAUGUGCAGAAUGUGGUUUGGGAUUAUCUCGCUGAAUUAUGAAGGUCUUCCCUGACAAAGGCAUUGACUGGAAGACCAGUGGGUGUCCUCACUGAUAUAACAUCCAUGUUCAUUCAUCCAAUAUUAAUCAAAGUGGGAUUAGCCGUGCUCACUCAGUCUUUGCAUGAUCAGGACAGCAAACUUUCCUGUUUUUGGUCAUUUUCUUUUUACAGAUCUAAAGUUUUGUUUUCGUUUGAUCAAAUUUAUGACUCAACUUUUGUGUCAUGUAUGCAUUUUUACUACUACAGGCCACGUUUGCAGAAGUUCUUUUUAAAGUUUUUUUUUUUUUUUUACUUUUAUACAUGAAGAUUUAUUGCAGCGCAGGGAAAGUGAGGAAAAAGUCUAAGGACAAAGAAAAAUACCAAGGAAAGAACCAGUAAAGCUGUAAAAUAAGGUUGCAUAAAAUUGCAUAAUCUUGAAUAUUUCACUUUGAAGAUACCGCAGUUAUAUAACAGUCCCCUCUUUGGAUACAUGAAGCGGCUAUUUUUCCCCGUCGCUUUUCUCCAAGUUUUUUGAAAUCAUGUGGAGUAAAUCAUCUUUUCUGGAAGGUGAAGGUGUUUGAAAGACAAAAAAAAGAAACUGGCAGCUGCUUUUCUUUUCAGGAGCCAGUUUUUUAUCAGAGAUCUUCAGAAGAGAAAGUGACAAUACACCCCAAAAUUUUAAUGAAUGACAUUUCUUUUACAUAAGCAGUACCCCCAGCCUCCUUAUUUUACUAAAAUUUUGCUUCCUCUGAGAACCUUCGCCCCUCUUCUACCUCACCCUUCAUGGUUGUGGUCCAGCUAAAGAGCCUCUUCACAGCAUUCACUGCAUUCUUCAGUAUAUUCCCUCUUUCACAAGCUAUUUGUCUGGAUUAAGUCCUGGACUCAUCAGCAGUUUCCGCACAGUUUCCACAAUACAUCAUCUUUUAAUACUCUCUUUUUCCUUUCACUUUUUUUUUCUCUCUUGCCCAGGACCUACACAGGAGGGAGGGAGGGAGUUAAUAUUUGGGGGAAUUGGAAAAUAGAUGAGGGGAAUUUAGCUUCAGGUGUGCGUUUGCGUCAUCGGGUGUCAGUUUAAUGUUGUUUCUCUGUGUGUGUUUUCAGGCUGUGGUUUGAUGAAUUGAUGACUCUUUGGAUAUCAGUGCAGAAUCAGCCAAGCUGGGAAGGGGUAAGACGCACACACACAAGCUGUGUCUGAACAUACACACAUUCACUACUCUCAGUGGUGGGCUCUAUAAUGAAGUCAUGAGCACUCCAGGAGUAAACGCCUAGACUAUGGAUUGUUUUAGCUCGUGGUUGAACAGAAAUUUAAAUUCAGACUGACUAACUGUCUAAAGGUAAAAAUAGACUCAGCCAACAGAAAGCAGUCACAAGGCUGCAGAUACACUGUUGUGAAUUUGUUUGCUGAGUGUGGCUAACAUUAGCAGAGCUAGCACCACCAGCCAUCAGUCCUCCUUCAGAUUAACAUCCACAUAAUAACAAUGAUAAUAGUAUCAGAGUAAUAACAUAAAAAUACCCAUAAUAUUAAUAAUAAUGAUAAAAAAUAAUUAAAAAUAUAUUAUUUAUCAAAAUUGUAACAAAAUCAAAACAACAACACUUACAAUAAGAAAAACAAUUAAAAAAUGAUAAAUAAUAGGAAAAGGUUAUCAGGAUGAUAAUAACAAUGACAACAUAAUUAAAACUAAUGAUAAUAUCAGCAAAAUUAAAAUAACUCCAAUAAAACUAAUGAUUAAUAAUAGUUAAAGUUAUUUUAACAAUAUCAAAAAAGUAAUACAAUGAUUAAUUGUAUUGAUUUAUUAAUAAUAUCAUUUUAAAUAUUUAUUAUAGUAACAGCAAUAAUAAUAAAAUUAUAACAAUAACAAAUUAAAAAACACCAACAAUAAUAGAAAAAAUCAUUAGAUAUAUAUCAUCAAUUUAUCAUUAAUAAUAGUUAUAGUAAUAUUAACAAUAACAAUAACAUUAACAAAAACAAUAAUAAAAAUGAUUUUAAAAAAUUGUUAUGAUAUAAUAAUAACCUGUAUGAUAUUUUUUUCAAGUUUGAUGUUGGUAUAAAAGCUUGUUAAAAUUGUUUUAAUUAGAAGAAUGAGAAGAAACAACAAACAGAUUACUGCUAGUUCUACCAUCCAUACACCAUUUUUUCUUUACACAAUUAUUGAAUGAUGCUACAUUCUAAUGGCUUUGCACCUGAUCCAAUAAGUCCACAAUGUACUGUAUGCUAUGAUACUUGUGAAUCAGAACAGCAGAUACUCUUAAAUCCUUUAUGCUAAUAGAAAUCGCUGAAGCGAGCCCAUUUUCUCGUCUGUAAAUAUUUUUGGAUUUUUUCUCAUCUAAUUGCACGAACAAUUCUCUGGUUUAAAAGUCAUGCUUGAAAUCUACAUCAAAUGGAAAUUAAUGAAAAUUCAAACCUUAAUCUCCAAACCGUUUUAAUCUGUGGCAACAAACAAGUGGGGGUUAUUUUUUCACCCAGAAGAGGAUCACAGCUUUCCAUUUUAUGAAAAAAUAAACGGAGUAAAUUGGAUUGGCACACUUUAUUUAACCUUCUCAUGGUUGAAACAUUUAGAUGUUGUGAAUAUUGGCAGUUUCCACUUAGCAUGCAGAUUGGAUUUUCCAUUUCUGCUCUCUCUGUGUGUUUAUUCAAACUUCGAGCCCGUAGCGACCUGGCUUUUUCCUCUCUCCCCCCUCCUCGUGGACACAUCUUUCUCUCAGAGUCAUUGUAUUUACCGUAACUCUCGUAAUAACAGCUCUCACUCCUUGGAGAGUUCUCUGAGAAUGUUUGUCUGCUGUUUUCUCGCAGCACCUGGUGAACCUGUUUGCUCGCUUGGCCAACGAUAACAUCGGAUAUGUGGACUGGACACCUUAUAUUCCCACAGUGAGUCAUUAGCAGAAUUAUGUGGAUGUAUAAGCGUGUCUGUUUAUGUCUUUAUUCUGAGGCUGCUGGCCUAGAUGUGGUCAUGAGUCUUCACUAUGUGUGUGCGCAGAUCUUCACGAGGAUCCUGCGCAGUUUGAACCUCCCAGUCGGGGUCAGCCAGAUGGUUUCACCGAGGUAUCUGACCAACUCCUAUGACAUUGGGCACCUCGUGUUAUGGAUCACAGCCCUCCUGGUAGAUAUUUUGCUCACUCUUCCUCUUAAAAAUGUUGCAGAAAUAUAUUGUAACUGCUGUUUAAUCAUGGUUGUUUUCUGGUUUGUGCCCCUGCAGGGUGGACCAGGAAACCCCGCACAGGAAAAGUUGACCUGCCUCUUCAACAGCAUCGCCUCCUUCUACCAUCCGUCCAAUCAUGGCCGCUGGCAGGUACGCACUCUCAAACACACACAUGCUCGCGCUGCCAACACAUUUCCUGUCACGCUGCUUUGAUUUAUAACCUGUCACUCAGGACGCCGCAGACUCUCCCCUCGCUAACAACACCAUAAUGAAGAGCGCUACCGCCAGAGAAAAGAGCGAUAUCACAGAUUUGUUUACUGCAGACUGUGUGAAUCUGUCUCUGGAUGAUAACGCUAAUGUUUAAUGUGUGUGUCCAUGUGUUUGUGUGUGUGUGUGUGUGUUUAGUCCCGUCUGAUGCGUCUGCUUCAGCGUCUCCCAGCCAGUGUUGUGCGCAGAGUUCACAGGGAGCGUUAUGCGGAUCCCAGCUGGAUCACGCUGGUUCCUGAGAGUCAGAAGCUGACCGAUGAAGAUUUGAAGGAGUUCACGCAGAGUCUCAUCGGUGCCGCCCUGCUGGCCAUGUUCAGGUACUGCACUGUAGAGGUUAACCUAAGGGCAUGGUUGACGAUCUGAGAAGCAGUUGAAAAAAAAAGCAUCCCACCCCUCACAUACAAACCUCUCCCCUCUGUGCUCCACGAUGACUCCCCCCUGAACUUGUAUCGCCCACUCCAAGACACUAGCCCUGUGGCGGUUCAAAAAGCCGGCCGGCAGAAGAUCCUACGCUAGCUUCAAGUAGAAUUCACCACAAGCAGCAGUAAACGCCAGCUCUGCUAGCGAGCACCGUCUGCAGCUGCCUGGACAGCUUCCGUGUUGACAUUGCAGAGACUAAUAAGAGUUAUUUAUGUAACAUGUUCAACAAAAACUUUGCUGUCUCUGCGUCUGUUUUCAGGCCCAAAUCCUGGCGGAGCUUUCUCCAUCGCUCGUAGUAUGACCCGAUGUUUUCUUCUGUCUUCUUGCGUUUUCUUCCCACUUUUAGUAGUGGGGCGAAUAGAAGUGUUUUUUGUUUUUUUUUGCAUCCUUCUCCAUCACAGCUCCUGUAGCUAUGUGGCUACGCUAAUUUUAGCCACUCAGUGCUCCGAGGAGGGCCGGGAGAGUGGGAGGGGACAAGUCGGAACUACGGGAGAGGGGUGUGUCAAAUACAGCGAGGUGAUUGGAUGGAGAGGCGGAGCAGGAGAUUGACCAAUAGGAGCUGUCCGGGACGAAUGGCUCCUAUUGGUCAAUGUUUUUGCAGCCCUGCAUCUGCUAGGGUGGACAGAUUUUUCCAUUCUUUUGUCUCUUCACUUUCUGGAGGUCGCACUAUAGGACCAUGAUCGCCAUAGAAACAAGGUUCAUAAUAAUUACCAAUCCCUCCAAUCAUCAACCAUGCCUUUAAUCAAUCAUAAUAUUUUUCUACUGUUGGAAAUGUUUAUUCAUUUAUAGGCACUUUUCAAAAUUAAGAUAGACGGGUCUUAAAAAUCCUCAUAUCUGAAAUCGAUCAAUCUUUAUUUGUAUAGCGCCAAAUCACAACAGAUCUUAUUUCAAGAUGCUCAACAAAAUGAGCUGGUCUAGUUCAAGGUUCAAGAAAAGGUAUAAUCCCAUGUUGUCCACAUCUGAAAUAUUUUUACCUCUCGGAUAAACAGUGCACUUCUACAUGCAUAAAUCUAGACAAAUCAAUGCAAUUCAUCAGACACAUUCAUGCAUACAGAUAGGACACACGUGCACAGUAAUCUAAUAUCUGAAAGUGUUUCAUUAGUGUUUUUCUCCCCCAACAGAUGGAUCUGUGUAGUUACUCUUUAUUAUUCAGUGGUUGAUUCCUGCAUAGCGCACUUUCAAAGCGGAAUGUACAAAGUGUCCAGAGGAUAAAACAGAAUAAAAAAACCAAGAUAAAACAAAUUAUUAUUAACAACUAUGAAUAUUGCAUAGCUGAAAAAGUAAUAACAGAAUUAAAAGGGAAAGGAAGAGAGAGAUAAAGAGGAGGACAAAAAUAAACAUAUUAAACAUUUAUUCUUGGUAUUAGAACGUAAGAGCAGCCAGUUUGUAAAAAUAGGAUGUAAGAUGACAUUUAAAACAAAGACAGUGUGUGGGAAGGCCGAUAGGAAAUAUUUCUACUCAGGCAGAUUUAGAAACCAUAGGUGUCAUUGUGGGAGAAGGUGUGAGCAUUGUGUUGCAUUAUCAGAUCCAAUCAGUGUUCCUGUUAGCCCAUAUUUAAUGACCGAAACGUCUAAAAACCUCCACCUCCAAAUAGAUCCUGAUGGCUGAUCUGUUUUUUUUUACAAUCCUCAGUAAUCAGAUUUAUCAUUACAGUAAAAAACACUGAAUAAAACAAGAUGGAGUUCAGUGUAAAUAGAUUUUAUGUAACUAUUAGGCUCCUUAAGUUAAAUUCAGCCGCUUUGACCUACAAGUCAUUCUGCCUGUAGCUUGUUUGGCCUACAUUUCACCAUAUCACUGUGAACUGGACAGUUGCCAUGUAAACAUGCCAUCGGGUUCAGUGCCAAUCACUUAUAUAACAAACACAAACCCUGCUGAGUCUUACUAGAUCAGUCGCUGACCUUGACACAGAGACUCCAGCCACAGCAGUCCUAAUCUGGACAAAGACGGGUCAUUAGCGUUAAUCUGCCUCUGUGUGUGUGUGUAUGUGUGUGUGUUUGUCGAUGACUCUGUGAUGUAUGUUAUUGUGUGUUUACUGCCCUCUUCUGGUGAUUUGCAGUAAAACUGGCAGCACGGAUGCAGCCUACGCUCUGCAGAACCUGGCUCUCCUCACACCAGAGCUUGUCAUACCGCCUGUACUUGAGAAGUAAGUCCUAUUGGUAUCACCCUGUUUAGAACAAUAGGAAAUGCUGUGUAUCUGUAACAGAUGUCCCAUCUUCCUCAAAGCUUCUGCAAGAAGUUUUGGUGAUAUAAAGAAGCAAACAAGACUAUCACUCACAACAGUAGCUGCGUUUACAUGGGUACAAAUAAUCAGAAUAAAAAUGUAAACAUGUCGAUCAACACAUUCUGAUCCAAUUCAGCUCAAUCAGAAAGAAAUCUGAUUCCGAUCGAGAAGGGUGGUUAAUGCCGAUCGUUAUUCCGAAACACAUCCAUGUAAACUUUUUUUCCAAUCGUGACUCUCUUACCUGACUCGAUCUUCACUUUUUAGCGUUUGGCUAACAAGGCAUACAUACAGCGUAAUGAUGUCACAUCUGCACAAACAGUGACCUGACCUUUGAUAGAACAGAAAAAUAAGUACGCAAGGGCGCCAUCUAGUGACAACAUUUAACAGAGGGAAAACUCCUGAAUUGGAUGGGGUGAGCUACUACUGCGUUUGUUGGUUUGUUGACAGCACAGGCAUAGAUACAACUCUUCUUUUGCGGUCGUUUUAGUGAAAUCAGACAAGUCUGCGCAUGUCCAAAUGCAUCUAAUCUGAAUAAAGCUUGGUGUAUGUAUACACAAGUCGGAUUAUUUGAUUAUGCAUCUAUAUAAACUGUGGAUUCAGAUUAUCCAAUCCCUCAAAUUUUUAAUCGGAUUAAGAAAUUUUGCACAUAUAAACAUGGCUACUGACUAUUUUAAUGCUGUAGUUUUUCAUGCCUUUCAACUGGAGCAAAGGGGUUGGUGUCUGCAAAUUUUUGUCAUAAGCUAUUGUCAAUAAAUGACACAUGGACUGUCAAAAAUCAAGAGAGGGAGUCUGACUUUACCAUCAUUGUGGAGUUAUAGAUUUAUAGUGCAGUUAAACUAUUUUAUAAGAUUUCAAAUAUACUGAACUUUUACCGGUAAGGUGAGGCAUUCAUUCAGGGGUGUGAAUCUGAAUGUGUCUAACCUCUGUGCUCUCAAAUGUCAGCGGGUUGCGACACAUAAAGUGUAAAUUUAGGUGAAAAUUGAUGUUAUUUACAGAGAUCAGGUGCAAAGAGAUUUGAGGUUUCUGAAUACCUGUGAAACACGAAAAAUUCUUCGAAAGCAUGUAAAUCAGCAUCAAACUUUUGAACAGAAGCACUUUUUAACUCACCCCCUUUUUAUUGAUUGUAUUUAAGGACUUACGCAGCGAUGGAGACCCUCACAGAGCCUCACACCCUCACCGCCACUCUCAGCUGCAUGAUCGGCAUGGCUCGCAGCCUGGUUUCACCAAACAACCAUUACCCAGAGGGCCGUGCACACGUGCUACCAUUGCUCAUGGGCUCUCUGCCAGGUGUCGACCCCAACGACUUCAGCAAGUGCAUGGUGAGUAAUGGAUGUGUUGAUUAGUAAUGAAGAGGGAUUGUUAGACAAGUAGACAAUCCAGCUCUUGCUGAUUAAAUUCCCCCUCAGCGUACUCUGGUCUAUCCUAUUAAUAACUCCUGAAAGUGGAAUGAAUAUCUCAGUUUGGAGAACUUGCAAUUACUGAGGUUCAGUCCUCACUUUCUGCUUGGAUUGUAAAAUGGAUUGGUUUUAUUUCUCAGUGUGCUCAUUGUAUCCUGACUAAAUUAAUCCAUCAGCCGAGUCUAAAUGAAUACAUUUGGAGAAAUGAUUCCUAUGACAUCUGCUAGAUUAUUUAACUUUGGGCCCUGAUUAUGUCAGAUGAUGUAAAUUAAUCUGUCUCCCACUGUGCUGCUCUUCUCAGAUAACUUUCCAAUUCAUUGCUACUUUCACCACUCUGGUGCCUUUAGUGGACUGUUCAUCUGCUCCUUCCCAAUACAGCGACCUCACAGAGGUGAGUUCACAACACACAUCAACAUUUUGGUCACGAAAAUAAGCUCAUUCUGUUGUAUGCUGCUUUAUAUAUAUAUAUAUAUAUAUAUAUAAAGGUUGGGGCUAAAGUUGAUAAGUACCUGAGAUUUAUUUGUUUUGUAGACUCUUUUAGGUUGCAAGUUUGCAAACCCUUAAAGGGAUAUUCCGGAGUAAAAUUAAUUUAGGGUCAAACACACCAUAACACCGAGUUAGACACCCACUUCAAGAGAUGAAUGUUGCCAACCGCUUGCUUCUCUAGAACACCAACUUUAGUAACGACCGCAGGAUAGCAUUACACAGCAGUCUGAGGAGCUAUAAACAAACCUCAACCAAAACCAAAACGCCACUCUAUAGCCACAAAUAAUACUCAGAACAGCACCUAACUUCAUCAACAGUACAUAUAGGGUCCUAUCCACAGCACUAGCCACCAAACAUCUUUUUCACUUUGCCUAAUUUCUUUAGCAAAGAGACUAAACACAACUCACCUACUCUCUUCCAGCAGCCGCUUGUUUGUAGCAAGAUCUCGGGCCUGUGCAUUACGGACUGCAGCGGGGUGACGCAGCUCAAGGAAUAACAUUUAUGAUCAUUUCUUUAUUAUUUGCAUAAAGUAAUAAUCAUCAUAUUAAUCAUUUUGCACUGCAGACGCCAAAGUUCGGUCUGAUUGCAUUUCCGUGAAGAGAUGAUCAUAAAUGUUCUUCCUUGAGCUGCGUCACCCCGCUGUAGUCCGUAAUGGACUGGCCCGAGGUCUCGCUAAAAACAAGCGGCUGCUGGAAGAGAGUAGGUGAGUUGUGUUUAGAAAAUAGGCAAAGCUAAAAAGAUGUUUGGUUGAUGAAGUUAGGUGCUGUUCUGAGCGUUAUUUGUGCCUAUAGAGUGGCGUUUUGGUUGAGGUUUGUUUAUGGCUCCUGAGACCGCUGUGUAUUGCUAUCGUGUGGUCAUUACUAAAGUUGGUAUCACUAGAGAAGCAAGCGGUCGGCAGCAUUCAUUUCUCGAGGUGAUGUCUAACCCAGUGUUAGGGUCUGUUUGCCCCUACAUUAAUUUUACGCCGAAAUAUCCCUUUAAAUCACAGCUUUUAUUUUCUUAUCUAUGUUUAUGCAAAGAUUAACAAAAAGACAUUAUGAAAACUUACAACGCUAAAGUAAAACAGUUAUGAAAAGUAGUCAAACUUACCAUUCGCACUCAUGUCACAUAAAACGCUAACCCGUCUUCUCUCUCUCUCUUUUUCUGCCAGAUUGAAAAAGAUUUGUGUUUUGCUUCAGCUGAGUUUGAAGAUUUUGUUCUCCAGUUUCUGGACAGGUAGAGACAAAUUAACAAGUCAAACUGUCACGAUCAAAAACCUUGUUGUCAGUGUUUGAGUAUGGAUGUAUCUCUUUCCCACCCAUCUGCAUCAGCGGCUCUGCUGGCCAUGUAAAACAGCCGUCUUGUUUUUCUGUUUUUUUUUUUUACUCUUAAGCGGUGUUUGUUGACAUUGCCGUCUCUGACAAGUCUAUAAGUGUUUCCCUGUGUGUGUGUUUGUGUGUUUGUGUGUGUGCUCGGGCAGGUGUUUCGCUCUGAUAGACAGCAGCACUCUGGAACAGACGAGAGACGAGAUGGAGACAGAUACCCAGACUCAUCUGGAGAGUCUGGUGGAGCUGGGCCUGUCGUCUACUGUUAGCACCAUCCUCACACAGUGCUCCAUACAGAUAUACAAGGUGGUGCAAAGUAACACACACACACAUACACACACACACACAGCUCUUUUAAACAAUCCAAAGCACUAAUAAACCUGCAUGUUAGAAUAAUGCAAUCAGUUUUAAAUAUUAAAAUCUAACAGAUCUUUUUGUUUUUCCAUUAGAUGGCGUUGCUAAAGGUGUUUAAUUUCGCCACCUGCAACAUCUUCGAGACGUGUGUGUCGGGUAGGAUGGUGGCCGACAUGUGCAGAGCCGCAGCAAAGGUAUGUUUGUGUUUAUCAGAGAUCAGCACACCUUGCAUCUUUCACUGUACCAUGCUGUUAUGUUAUUCUGAACAUGCGACACACGUGACAUGCUCUUCUUGCUUUUGCUUCCAUUUGAGCAUCUAAAUGUGUGUGCCUGUUUUUGUGUGUCUGUGUGUGUGUGUGUGUGUGUGUGUGUUUUCAGUGUCAUCCUGCUGAGUCUCUCCGUCUGUUCGUCCCUCACUGCUGCAGCGUCAUUUUCCACAUUACAGACAGUCAGUAUCACACUCUGUGUGUAGAGCAGUGUAGUGUUAGUGUGCAUGUGUGUACAGUAUUGUUGAUACAGUACUGUGCAGUGUGCAUGUGCAAAAUCUCUUAUGUCUUUAAUUCUGGCAACAUCUGUGCAGUUUUGUAGCCUCAAAUUAACCUCUGGGAAUUUGUUAAGCGCCUUAAGAUUUCUUGCAUGAAUUCUUGUCUUUUUCUUUCCAUAAAUCUGUUUUCUGCAGUAAUUUUGGGUGAUAGUAACCUUGUUAUUCUUAGGCUAAAAUUUGCUAUCCCACCACAAUUACUACAAAAAUUACUGCAGUGCAAUAUCCUCAGCAACACACGCUUAUCAUAGAACAACGAGGGCAAUUUAUUUAAAAGUGUUAAUUAUUAGUGAUUUAUCCUGAGUGUAUGUCCAGUGAAGUUAACAAACAUUGGCUAAAUGGAACAAAAAUAAUCACUCGAUUUGACGAAAAUACACUUUCGCUACUCACAGGUGAGAAGGAAAAGAUUAUCAGCAAUCUAUUUGCUGUUUUUUAUGUUAUUUGUUGUCUUUAAAAAUUGAUGAUUCGUGAUUAUACGUGCUGGAGCGUAAUCCAGUGUCGCCGCUAUAUCGGAUGGGUCUCUCCACUCCAGGCUCAAUCAAGAGCCAAACGGGGUCAAUGGAGAGCGAGCAACUAUGUCCGUGUUUUUGCACUCUAUGGUUGAAAAACCGACGCAGUAUUGAAACCAGACCACGUAGGAUUACAUAUUACAAAUAGGAUCAAAAAAAUUUUUGGUUUAUUUUUAAUGUGUGACAUUGUCCUGUAUUAUUGCUACAUCCCUGCUGUUGUAAAAAAACAAACAGUGUGAAAAUCGGGCAGAGAUUCGGAGAGUUAUUUUUAAUAUGGUUGGGCAUUCCUACCUACCUUAAUACACUGGAGGCACAUGGGGGACCCAUUCAAGAUGGCGGCCGCGCUGAUAUGUGAGCAGCGUCAGGCUUUGAGGCAUCUACGUAUGUUACAUCUAUGCUCACAUCUGCAUGUUACAUAUUUAAAAGGUUUAAUUCUUGCUAAGUUCACACAGUUAGCAGCAAGUAGCAUGAACAAAGUCUAGCUAAGGCUGAUGAGCAUUUCACUAUGAAUGAAUCUGACUACUGAUGUGAUGGUGGCUUUAAAUUAAACCCUGUUGUCACCUUCCGAUCAGUGUGGACACGACUUACUUUAGGAAAUGUCAUCACAGCACAGCCGGUAGUUGCUCUCAUGUAGUCUGUUAGCACUGCUGAAAACCUGAAAUGACCCCAACUUUCAGCUGCGAGAGCUCAUUCUGUCAAGGGAGCGAUACAGUACAUUACUCAGCUUCUUCACACUGCUUUUGUGUGUUUUUGCGCCUCUGUCUGUGUGUGUCUGUGUGUGUGUGUAGAUGUGGAGCUUGGGGGUGAAGACGAGCUGGAUAAGGAGCUGUUGUGGAACCUCCAGCUGCUCUCUGAGGUGAGAGGAAAAUCCAUUAAAUUUUGAGUUUAAUACGCUUGAAUAUGUUAAACUCGCUCAUCUGUUUGACAUAGUCCUUGUCUAUAACAUUAUUGAUCUCAUAUUGAUUGAAGAGACUGGCAGCAGGUCAGUUUACUCUAAGAAUAUUUUGGACCCAGGUUGUCAUCCCUUCACUACAGCUGAGAGGAUUUACUGCCUAUUGUUCUUAAAAUAAGCCUCCUGGAUCAGAUAAAGCGCCUCAGAACAGAGGGGGGAUUCCACUUGUGGAAAAAUAAGAAUACAAAAGCAACAUUGUGCGAGGAAAAAAGUGAUGACCAUGUGAUAUUUUUUGCAGUGUAGACCCUUCUUGGUCAUAAAUAUCAAAGAGCUUUGUCGUUAACCAGAACAUAUUGAUACCCUCUCUGUUUUGUUUUAUUACUCCUGGGAGCUUAAUGCGAGUGGGAGGGAGCCAGAUGCUGUGAUUUACUGGAGAACCUCAAUAUUUAAGACGCAACUCUCCGCUGAAUUGCUUGUGUCUUUGUGUGCAUGUUCUCGUGUGUGUGUGUGUGUAUAUGUGUGUGUGUUGAUUUUAGGUUACCCGUGUGGAUGGUGAACAGCUGUUAAAAUACCAAGGGGACCUGGAGCGGAUCCUGUGCGUGUGCGUGCGUCUGCGCUGUAAAAGAGCAUAUUCACUCGCUUGCAAUCUGCUGGAGCACACACUCCGCUCGCUGUCGCUCAUAUAUCCCACCGAGUACCGCAGCACCCCUGGAGGCUUCGACACUGACCUCCCUAUAAGGGUAAACACACCAUUUCCUAUAUGUUUCUGAAGUGCUACACAAUGUAGAGCUUUAAAAACUGUUAUUUAUCCAUGUAGACAAAUAGUCAAGUCAAACCCUGUGUUUUGACUCGAAUCUGUUUAUAAGAAGUCCCUGCAGCAAGCGACAUCUAACCAGCGAGGUUUGGAAUUUUCGCUGUCACCAUUUCAGCUCUUUGGAGGCAGUAGUGAUGACCUCAUUAGAGACUAUAUUUCAAGAGGAGAGUGUAAGUGGAGAGCAGCGGGGGGUUAGCAAAUGCCAUGAUAUCAGCUAAAACGAGAGCUUGCUUUUAGCCAUUUUUAAUUCACUGUGAAAUUCACUGGGAUGCUAAAAAAAACUGGUUUCACACAAAGUAUGCUUGCCAUAUUUUUCAGGCUGCUGAAGGAGAAAACUGUCAAUCAUGAAGAAGCUAUAAUCAAAAGCAUACCAUGUUUUGUCAGGUGUCUGUGAGGAGUUUUUAUCUGGAUAUAAAACAGACUGAAAUUAAUAUAAGCGCCUCUUUAUGGUCUAUAAAACAGACUGUAACACACUGUAACACCGAGUUAGACACCUCCUCGAGUAAUGAAUGUUGCCGACCGCUUGCUUCUCUAAUGAUACCAACUUUAGUAAUGACCACAGGACAGCAAUACACAGAGUUCUGAGGAGCCACACACGAAGGUUUGUUUAAGGCUCCUCCGACCGCUGUAUAUUACUAUCCUUUGGUCGUUACUAAAGUUGGUAUAACUAGAGAAGCAAGCGGUCGGCAACAUUCAUCUCUUGACGGGGUGUCUAACUCUGUGUUACGGUGUGUUUGACCCUAAAUUAAUUUUAGGCCGGAAUAUUCCUUUAAAGCAAGAGUAUCAGUUUCUGCGUCGUCCUUUUUGAUGGCUGUCACAGGGCAUGUGUCAGGUGAAGUGAUUCAGUUCAAGCAACCAAAAUGCACCAUUUAACCAUGUGAAGGAUAAGAUAAGCAGGGAUAAGAGGUGCUGCUUUUUCCACAGGGGGCGCCAAAAAUGACUAAAAUAGGAAACCCUCACAGGAGCUUUAAAUUUCGAGGUGGACUUGCUUCUAUAACAACAUCUAUAACGUUUCAUCAAAUUUGCAUGUCUCCAAAAAAGAACGUCUAGUGUUGCUAGGUUACCAGAAUUGUCCCACCACUUUUGCUUUGUCUCGUAGAUACUGUUAGGUCUGUUUUACAAUGAUUCAUACAUGCUUUCAUUUAAUUGCAUUUUACACAGAAAAGCUUUAAAAGUAAGAAUAUGUCAUAACAUUGGAAGUGGAACUAUUUUCAACUUAGAGCGCAGACUGAUCUGGGUCAAAAACAUGUCUCCCACCCGGCCACCAAGACCCAGAAUAAACAGAUCAGUUACCUUCAUGCUGUAGCUCUCAUUUUCAUCCCUUGAAUCCAGAAGUUGCUCCUGGCCUUAGCUCUCUGGUAUGACCUUCAGUAAGACAUGUAGUGCAUGAUCAAGUAAGAGUGCAAUUACUCUUAUUAAACAGCUAUUAAACUCAACUCAGACUGUUAUUUACAAAAUUAACUUCAUAGUCUUUUUGGCAAGACUUUCAAAUGAGUAAUUUAAGUCAUAAAAUCUUUAAAGAAACAUUAAAUCAUGAUUUUUAACGAGUAAGUAUCGGAUAGUUUUGCCACAUAUGUCUUUAAAAUCAUACUGCUUAUUCCCCUAGUAAAGGGUUAAGGGUUAGCUCUGAUUGGUUAACAGGACAGUUGUUGAAAAGUCAGCAUUAGUGACUCUAAAUGUCGAUUAAACUGUUUUCUUGAACCAAAAGCUUCAGACCUCAUGAGAGAGCAACUUUAAAUUUUCCUGCCUGAGAGCGGUGCUGUUUUUGAUUUGCCUAAUUCAUCAUUUUAAAAGUUAGCAGACCUCGCCUUUUAAGAUGCUGAACACAAGUACAGUCAGCUUAUCUCUGUUUUACUUUGUGGCAGCAGGAGACAAACUGAGCUGCUCGCCCUGCUGUUUCUCUCUGUUCUCCAAAGAGGAAAGCUUUUCUGGAAGAUUAUCUUUUCAAAACUUUGAAAUUGUUUUUUUAGUACAAGGAAAGUGUGUUUUUGUUUUCAUGGAGGUGGUAGCAAUUACUCGUUUUGCACUGUUUCAGAUAUUGACUCCUCUUUACCUGCAGUUCAUGGUGUUUAAGGUUCACCUUCCUCUUCUUAGUUAAGUCUUUUUGAGCUUGUGUUUUACUCAAACCAUUUCUGAGUGUCUUUUUCUUCAAAAAUAGGUGCUAAGAUGCCACAGAAUAAGACAGGUUUGUGGUUCUGCCAGCCGUUCCAGUGGAAAAACUCUCUCCCUCUCUGUCUCCGUUUCCAGGACUGGGGCAGAGCUGGAGAUGUGGCAGCUCUGGGUGUUCGUUGGCAUGUGCCCGGUCCGGAGGAGGAGAACUUUGUUUUCCAGCUGCUGUCCUGCCUCCUGCAUCGCGAGCUGCAGCGAAUCAAGAGCCACAUCUCUGGAGAACAGCCAAUGAGCAGGUGUGCUGUAGACUUGUUUCCUAGCUUUUCAUUUUUAAACAAAAAUCAGGCACAGACGCAAACAAAACAAAGAAACGUGUCUUGUUUCAGCACCAAUAAAUGAGAUUUGCCUGAAUCCAAAUUAAAGCCGACAUCUGUUUUUGAUAUUUGUAUUUCUUUUGGCGAAGCCUGACCAGAGGCGUAAGGCGGGGGGAGAGCUGUUUCUAGCCACUCAAGAUCGAGCAAGUUGUGAAAGCUUUAUUUAGACAAGCCAGUGGCGGAUGAUGUAUUUUGAAACCACACUUGAGUGAAGUCGAGGUUUCAAACCAGAAUAUUAUUUUGGUAAAAGUUAAAGCCAGCUUCUCUGAAAGUACCAAAGUCAAAACAAGAAAGUAUCCGACACGUUCUGCACUUUCCAGGAGAUCUCAAAAGUGGGUUUUUUUUAUAAGAAUUUAACUAAAAUGUAAAUAAAGAAAUGUGGACUGAAAUCAAGAAUUUAACAAUUUAGUUUCAGCUGACAGUUUUUAAAAUUAAGUCUUACUAACAAUUUAGACACGUCAUUUGAUGAGAAUCAAGUUUUCUACCUUAUUAAAAUGUCCACAUAGUGAUUUCUUUAUGAUAUCAGAUGAGUAAUAAAAGCCAAACUGCAUCUUUUGAAGUAUCUUGUUGUAGGUGUAAACUCGAUUUACCUUCCUGCUGCUUCCUUUUUUAUUCUUCAAGGUUUCCACAACGGUAAACAUCCAAACAUCCACGAUGUGGCAUUUCUGCUGCUCUUAGUUUCCAUUCAUUCAGAGCCAGUCUUCUCAUUAGACCAUCAAAAGUCUCUAAACUUAUGAAGCUAGAAAAAUUCUUGGAGGAAAUGUGUCGUAGGAAAAAAGCGAGGCUGUGUCUACAGCUGCUCAGAUGACACCUACCCCCUCACCCCCUCAUGUAAAAAUUGUGUCUUUUAGCUGAUGGUCUUCUUUGCUUUGGGAUCUCAUGAAAAGGCAUUAAAAUUAAUUUCAGCCAAUUUCAUGAAUGUCAAAAAAACUCCUCACUGGAGCUUUAAACAAAAUCCAACAAAUGCAGCUUCAUUGUGUUUCAUUUAAAGCAAGACUCAGAAUCAGGAUUGAUUUCCAAGUAGGUUUAUGUCUACAAAAAUUCUCCUUGGUGUUACUUGUUUAUUGCGAUCAACAAAAACAUGAAAUAAAAGUAAUAAACAAAGGGAACAGUAUUACUCCUACUCUUGAGAAACUAACUGAUUUUAGUGCGUCUUGUGGACAAACAGUAUCUCAUGUCUCUGUUGAUGUUGUUUCAUACUUGUGCAGAGCCGGCGUGAGGCAUAAGCAAACUAAGUGCCUGCUUAGGGCCCCGCAACCAGUAGGGGGCCCCCAAGAGCAAUCAAAAAAAAAAAAAAAAAAAAAUAUAUAUAUAUAUGUAGUUGUUUUUUUUGCAUGUAUGAGUGAUGCUUUCUGUAAGAUCAAAUGUAUAUUAUUGUAUAAAAUAAUGUAAAAACAUUUUAGUGCUGCUGAUGUAGGCCUGUGAUUCUUACUGUCGAUAUAUAUCAAAGCUCCGCUUAUGUGCCUCCUACUGUGCAAUGUGCACUAAGCAUCCAAAGCGCAGGUAGUUGUGGGGCAAAACAGUGUCGCAAAAAAGGACAUAACCUUCAGGAGCAGAAAAAAGAAAGAGGGAGAAGAGGAAAAAUGCCAAGAUAGAGGUAUGUUUGUGAGGGUGUGUGAACGAUCAACAAUCAAUACUACUGGCAGGAAUAGAUGGCCCCAAAAUCAAAUUUUGCUUAGGGCCCCAUUGAGGCUUUGGCUGGCUCUGUACUUGUCACACUGAUAAAAAAUCAUAUACUGUUUUCUUUUAAUACUCGAAUGUCUCACUUUUUUCAAUCUUUGAAAAUGGAAACUAAAAAAAGAUAUCUCUGCAGCAUGCUAUUAAUCACUUUGUCAGACACCUACUCCCCUGCAGCACUUUGAAACUUAUUGAAAAACCUUAUAGAAAUGGUUCAUCUUUAUAAUAAUGGUCCUCUUUGACUGUUAAUCAUGAAGAAGCAUCAGUACUAAUUUCAGCCUGUUUUAUAGCCAUCAAAAACCACCACACAGGAGCUUUAAAUAGAAGAAAUGGGUAAAAUGCAAUAAAAUUGGUCGUUUAAAGGAUAAAAUUUAAAAAACAACAAAUCAACUUCAAACUUUUACUUUGAAAGGGGAUUAGGUGAAGGUCCAGGAGUAUCAGAUCUCAUUCUGGAUGCCUUGAGGGCCACAAGAAAGCUGUAACGUGUACUCUGAUUCACAGGGAGGAGCUGUUGCAGAGUCUUGCCAUCGUGCAGCACUGCCUCCUUGGAGCUGGGAGCAUGCUGCCCCCUCUGGAUGGUCCACACGUACCUGACCUGUGAGUCCCUGCAGCUACACAAACACACACAAACACACACACAUACACGCACAUAAACACAUUUUCCUGCAGGCUUAUCACGUUUCCCUCUGCUCGCUGUGUUUCCUCUUAGCGUGCCCUCCAUGGUCAAUCUUGGGGAGAUGAAGCUGCAUAUAGGCGUCGAAUAUGGUAAGAAAAAAAAAAACACACAAACAAGCAGCUCACGCAGCACAAGCACAAGCAGCAGCUCCCUCAUCAGUUUCGGUGUGCGAUAAGGCCGCUCAUUUUGCAUUCUGUGUCCAUACGGGACGUCUGUGUGUCUCCUCCCCUCCAGAUGAUUCACGGGAGAACUACAGAGAGUCCAUCUGCCAAACCAUGAGACUGCUGCUACGUGAGUGAAGACGUUAACUCCAAGAAACACUCCUAACUCCUCUCUCUGUUUGAAAUGUGAAGCAUAAUUAAUCUGUAUCCACUCCUAUCCAUCCAGAUCACAUCCUGGAGCACUCCGAAGAUGACACAAAGUCGCUCUUUGUCAUCAUUAAGGUGCCCAGCCCUUGUGGUUUUUCUAUUAUUCAUAUUUGGGAUGUUAUUAUUCCAUCCUGCAGUAGGUAGGUAGGUAGGUAGGUAGGUAGGUAGGUAGGAAGGCCGAGCAAAAGGUCUCAUAGCGUCCUUUCUUCGUCUCUGUCUGACUGCAGAUCAUCAAUGACCUCAUGCUUUUCCGAGGAACUCACAAGAGGGAGUUUGACUCACGCUGGAAAAGCUUCACUCUGGUUAAGAAGUCCAUGGAAAACAGGGUGAGUCGAGGAAGGUGAUUGUUGUCAGUAUCAAUAAGUCUGUUGCAGGCUGAUCUGAGUGUUUCUGCUUCUCUUCUGCAGCUCCUCGGGAAAAAGCAGCACAUCAGAGCGCUGCUCAUUGACCGGGUUCUGCUCCAGCAUGAGGUUAGCUAAACAAACACACACAGACACACACAAACACUCGGGGGUAAAGCGUUUGAAAUUUUUAGAAAACUGACAUUUAUUUUCUUCUCAGGUGUUGUACUCGGACACUGAUUCCCAAACUGCAAUGCACAGAACAAACACAAAGAGUUGUUUAGAGCUGGGGCUUAUUUUGUAAAGACAGCAGGGUUAAAUAAAGGUUUGACAUUGAAACUCCAACAAAUGUCACAACUACUCAAAACAGACAAUGUGUUAUUAUCAGGUAAAGUCCAAAUAAGCCUUAAAGGGAUAUUCCGGAGUAAAAUUAAUUUAGGGUCAAACAUACCGUAACACCAAGUUAGACACCCCAUCAAGAGAUGAAUGUUGCUGAUCGCUUGCUUCUCUAGUUAUACCAACUUUAGUAACGACCACACGAUAGCAGCACACAGGGGUCUGAGGAGCCAUAAACAAACCUCAACCAAAACGCCACUCUAUAGCCACAAAUAAUGCUCAGAACAGCACCUAACUUCAUCAACAGUACAUUUAGGGUCCCAGCCAUAGUACUAGCCACCAAACAUCUUUUUAACUUUGCCUGAUUUCUUUAGCAAAGAGACUAAACACAACUCACCUACUCUCUUCCAGCAGCCAGUUGUUUGUAGCGAGAUAGAGACCUCAGGCCAGCUCAAGGAAGAACAUUUAUGAUCAUUACUUUAUCAUUUCCUUGAAGUAAUAAUCACCAUAUUAAUCAUUUUGCACUGCAGACAUGGAAGUUCUUCUGCCUUAGCGUCUCGGUCUGAUUGCUGCUGUGGAGUUUCGCAGCUCAAGGAAGAACAUUUAUGAUCAUUUCUUCAUGGAAAUGCAAUGUAGAGUGACAGAAGUUUGUUAGAGCCAGUAAUCUGCUUGAUUUGGAAGCGUAUUGCAUUCACCCAAACAAAAGCUCUGUUUUUCAGGGUAAUUUUUAUUUUGUGAUCUGUUCUUCGGACUAAUUUUUUUGGAAGCAAACAUUGCCCACUUCUUUUGUUUAAUCAAUUACUUUCUUUCUUUUGGAUUUGAGACACUGGGACAUACUCCUUCCUUUCAGUCAGGUAGAUGGAAUCGUCAUAAGUUUGUCUACUUUGCACAGGCACCUCAGGAUUAGCAGACCUUAUGUUUAACUAAUAACAUGCUUUACUCUCAUUGACCCCGUAGUCGAAGUUAUCUAGAAGCUGGAGAAUUCGCAAAUUUGGAGCAGCUGUGGAGGUUAAGGUUAUCUGAUAGUCUGAGAUGCUCGCAGGAUUUUGAAGUAUCUCAUUUAGUCAGGAGAAAAAAAUAGUCAGAAAAACAGAAAGAUGAAAAAAGAAAUAGUAUGAAAAACAGAAUAAAAAUCUGUCAGAAAAAAUGGAAAGAGGGGGAAAAAAUUUUUAGUACAAAAAACAGAAGAAAAAAAUAGUCAGAAAAACAGAAAGAAGAAAAAAAUAGAACAAACAGCAAAUAAAAAGAAAGUACUCAAAAAAACAGUUUUCCUUCUUUUUUUUUGCAAGUGAAUGUAAUAAGCUUCCAUAGUUUGAAGUGAGUCUCAGUUUCACAGUAAAUUGUACUUUUCAGUCAUGUGAUUUACUCACUAUUAAUGGGAUAAAAGUAACAACAUCAUGAUGCAAAUUGUUGAAAGUAUAAAUGCAAUUUUUGACGAAUAUAUCCCCCCAAAAAAGAGGAAAACAGCUUCUUAAAUGCUUGUUUGUUAUACGGGGGUGUGAUGGACCAUUUCUGAUAGCAUUCCAGGGAGUCAGCAAAUCCAAAAUGAAACAGAUUUGAUGCAUACGUUGGAAAUUUUGAUGUGGGGCAAGCUGUGAGCUUCAGAUAUCAGUUUACACAAGAAAAAAAUGAAUCAUCUUAAAAGGUUGUAUCAAAGUCAGACGCUAGCUGAUGGUUUCUAAGAUUGGGUUUUGUUGCUGCUCCCCUGACUUCGUGCUACACAGGGACUAAUAUGCCCUCAUAUUUAUUUUGUAUGUCAUUUUUAAUCUGUUUUGUCUUAUGUGGAAAAAUGUAAACCUAAAGAUGCUUUACAUAUUCAGCUGAAAUGAGAAUGAAAUGAAAGAAAACAUAAAAACCACACUCUUGGUAGAGGGUCAAAGAUGCGGCUGUAACUAACUCGCACAUGAAAUAAAAUGUGUUCUGUCAUUUUAAGUGAGAACUCUGUGGUUUUAUAAUGCUCUGAAAAUUGCCUUUCUGUGUGAGUAGAUGAGGAAGCUGGUGGUGGAGGGCAGUGAAUAUAAAGUGGUUCAUCAGGAGCUGCUCUGUAAUCUGCUGCUGCUUUCAACCAGCACUUACAGCCAGGUAAGACUGAGAACACACACACACGCUCACACAGACACACACAGACACGAGGAAAAUUAACAAGGAAAUUUCAAUCACAACAUCUGCUGGUUCCCGUUUCUAAAAACAUUUUUAAAUCAAUUAAUGAUUUAUCUAAGUGCAUCUGUUCGUGUGUGUGUGUGUGUGUGUGUGUGUGUGUGUGUGUGUGUGUGUGUGUGUGUGUGUGUGUGUGUGUGUGUGUGUGUGUGUGUGUGUGUGUGUGUGUGUGUGUGUGUGCGCACAGGUCCGAAGCAGAGCCCAGAAUGUGCUGAUGGCCGCUCUGGGGACAUUUAGCUUCUCCUACAGGGACCUGAUCCCCCGAAUUCUCCACCUGCUUUCACCGCAACACAACAGCAGCACACAGCAACAGUUCAAGGUAACACACACAAACAAAUAAACACAAUAAAAUGUUCUGGGCUUUUGUUUAACGGCGACUGUCCAUGGUGCUGAAACUUUAAAAAACCCAUCCUCAGAAUCUGUUAGCUGUGAUUCUUGUUUUUAACUGGUAAUUUUUUAAGCGAGGUAGGUGUCUCUUUGUCCUACUUUGUUGCCUUUUACUCUCUGUUUAUAUUCUAUUUUUCGUCCCGAGUCUCCCAGCCAAUUUUGCUAACCAUCCCCAAGGCUAGACUUGAGGCAAAACUCUUAAAAUUCUAUCAAGAGAAAGAUAACGGUGUACUUAGACACUCUUUGAAAGAUUCAUUUUUACAAAUUUGAUUAAACUAGUUUCACUCCAAAAAAAAAAAAAAAAGUUUUUCAUUUACAAAUCAUGCAUUUGAGUUUGCAGAUUUGUUUUAAAGCUACUGUUGAGCGUUUUGAACUGGUUAUGAAAGGGGUGCUACUUAAUAUUCUCUAAAAGGAGUCCAGACCAUCAGCAGUAAGAUUGAUGAUUUCAAUAUGGUUAUUUUUGUCUGAGCUCCUGCCAGAGGAGUAGGUGUCAGUCAAAGUUAAAACCAUAGACUGUAUAUACUGUGGACAACUUGAUUCCGCCUUCUGCCAGUAUACUGAUUUGAAGCCGAAAAGCUCUCUGUAAUUCCGUGUUUUCUCUUCACUUCCUGAAACCUAAAUUGCGCAGAACCAUUGUACGCAUUUGGCGUAAGAGUCGCCGAGAGUCGCUGUGAUGACACUCGGCUCAAACAGCCCCGGUUGAGCUACGCAAUCUUUGUACACCCAUAGGCUGUAUCAAGUGUCAAUCAUAGAAAACCUGAACCCCCUAAUAACUUUUAAAAAUGGAGCUUCACAGAAAAAAAGAGGACUUGAGCACAAACAAGUCUUACAGUAACUAAAUCAACAUCGCAACCAGGGGUGAGAAAAAUUUAUAUUCUGUGUUAUAAAUUUUUGAAGUUUGUCCACAAUUCCAUAGGGAUUGCUGGAGGAGGCGGGAUUUAUGACCUAUACUGCAGCCUGUCAAUAGAGGAGUCUAUUCUCGGGGUGGCUUCACCCAGCGGGGAGGCAGAUGGCGUCCAUUCUAUAUACAGUUUGUGGUUAAAACAUGUUGGGAAAACAGCUUUUUUAUGAUCAUUUCCACUGCAAGAAAUUUCAAUACGUGAUUUGACUUUCUAAAAAAAAACAGGACAAGAAAAACUACUGAAGACAAAACCAGAGUUUGGUCCACAUGGGGUGCCACAAAAGACACAAAACUAAAGUUACGAACAGUUUUAUCAAGUUGCCUCUCGGUAUGUCGAGUGUAGAGCCACACACAGCUAAGUUAGGCAGAACAACAGGGUCAAAAAGUGCAAGAAAUCGGAAACGCAGAAACAAAAUGUUGAGUUUGUGUUUUGUUAAAAAAAAUGUUAAACAGGUUUACUUUUUAAUAACAUAAAAUAGAUAAAAGUUUUUGAUUUUUCGAAAUGGGGUCACAUGUCUCAUGUUUGGUUAAUCUACCAGUUAUGUCCUGUGUGUGUCUGUGUGUGUGUGUGUUUGUGUCACACAGGGCGCUCUGUACUGUCUGCUGGGUAUGCACAGCACUUUGUGUCUGGCCAGUAUAAGAGACUGGGACUGCGUUGGGGCUGUGUGGCCCGCCAUAGUCCGCUGCGGCCUGUCUACCACCUUGACUCUAGACGAGCCCUCCAUCGGUCGACUGCUGGAUGACAUCACUGACAGGAUCCACCGCCAGCAUGACACCAUCGGGAUUUAUUUCACUGUGAGGAAAACGCUCUUUUACAGGUUAAAAUACAGACAUGUUUUAUUGUUUCAAGCUCAUCACGCCUAUUUGUCCUUCUCUCUCUUUAAGGUUUCUGAAAGCAGCGUAGAGGUGGCUAAUUGUAUCGCUCAGUCUCACAAUCCCGACCCGUGUUUGGAGGCGCCGUCUGUAGAGGAGCUAAAAGAGGGGCUCCAACGUCAGCGGAUCAGAAACGUGGUCGCAGCAAGGUAUGGUGUUUGUUCCUCAUUCAUUCACUUUUAAUGCAGUUUUAGUUUUUCUCAAGGUUACCUUAGCUCACAAUAUUUAAUUUCAGUUUUUACUGUGAGUUGAAGACUACUCCUGAAUAAACCCUCUUUUUCUCUUGUGCAGAAAAUAUGAGAAGCUGGUCAACGAUCUGUUGGAUUGCCUUGAAGACAGGGACCUGUAAGUUGUCUGACCUACUGUUACAUUAUUUGUGAGUGUAUGCUCUUACCUUGUAAAUCCGUAAAGUAGAUUUAUACGACUCAAUACAUUCUUGGGCCAAGGUCCGCCAGAAAGGAGGCACUACAAUCAUUCCAGCGCAGAAGUACUCAUCUGUUUGCGUGUGUUGCAGGCCCUGGAAGUUUGAGCACAUGGCCACAGACUUGCUGUCCCUCCAGCUGAGAGAGGAUCAUCCGCUACCACCUGAUGCCGUCCUCUUCUUCACACAGAGCCUCACACAUGACUCCAUCAGCAUACGCAAGGUCUGCACCUGUAUGACUGUUUAUGUUCGGAUGAAAAGGGAAACUAUUUUUAGGGCUUGGAGUACUGACAUGAGCCGAGUGCAGAUUUACAUACUGUGACGCAUAUAUGUCUUUAAAGAUAUAUCCUCGGGUGUCAGUCAAGCUGUGACUUUGUCUCUGGAAGAGCCAUGGUUCUUGUUUUAUUUUUUAAGAUCCCCUCCUGGAUGUUAUACAUGAGUGUUUCUUUACAAUAAAAGCUGGAUUUGAGGCAUUUUUUCUCUGUCAAAAACAGGCUAUUUAAGCAAGUCUGUAGCACCGUUCAGGAUGCACACAGAGUUUAGGUUCAAGUUGGCUAACAAUUAUCUGUUGAAGCAAGAUGUAGAAUAAACAGGGUUUCUAUGCAAGUAUGGAAAGUAUGGAAAUAAAUUUGAUCAAUUUCCAGGUCUUAAAAAAGUAUGGAAAAAUAUUUGUUUCCAGACUAUUACCACAGUUCUAAAAUAGAAAAGUAGGUAUUUCCAAAAAUAAUUCUUAAAAGUAGGGUAUGGAAAAAUACGGAAAUUCCAACUGUGUAGAAACCCUUAAUAAAGCCCAACUUCAAUCAUAUAGAAAUGAUAAGUAGGCAGUUACAAUUGAGCAAAAUACACGCUUAAAAUACAAGGUAAUAAAAUUUACAUUGAUAGAAAUGGACUGAAAAGUAAACAUUAUCACUGUAGCAUCAAAACUGUGGCUGACUAAUGUAAAGGAGAAGCUGCAAAGUAACCCAGAAGCGACAUUUAAUAUCAAAUAAUCUCUUUUUUUCCACAGGUGGGGAUCUCCGCUCUAGCUGGCAUCCUGAAACAGCUGAAAAGGCCGAAAAAGAAAGAAGCUGUGAAGCCGUCAGAUAUUGGUGAGUGUAAGUAAACAAUACUACGUUAGCAAAAUAAUAUCCUAAAUUAAUUUUAUGCCGGAAUAUCCCUUUAAAGGGACAUGAAACCAUAGCCUACCUACACACAUCCAAAACCAACUUUUAUUUAGUAAUUAUUUUGACACCGAAUUUAUUGACAUCGGCAAAAUGACAUUGUAAAUGUCUGUAUCGGUAAAUUUUCGGUUUAUCGCCCAGCCCUAGCUGAAAUACUCUUCUGUUGGUUCUGCUCUUCAUAUGUUGUGUCUGUACCAUGUUUGUGUUUGUGUUCAGGUGUAAUAGAGGAUCCAGAAGUCAUGUGUGUCGGGGAUCGUGAGGCCAACCGCUGGCUCCAGUACGACAGCAGCAGCCUCCCUCUGAGUCAGGAACAGUGGGACUCUCAGCACUUUGUGGAGAAAACACACGUGGGAUACUACACAUGGCCGAGGUGAGGAGGAGGAGGAGGAGGAGGAGGAGGACAGCGAUGGCGGGGUGGUUUUAAAACUGGAAGGCUGAUUAACUGCCUGCUCGGAUGGCGCUAAGUAGCUGAUUGACUUUACUGCCGGGUUGAUUUGAUGCUUCUCUUUGUGGCUUUGCUGCUAACUUUGUGUCUGACUGACUGAUCUGUGACUGAUCUGGGCGGCUGGAUAACUAGCAGGGUGUUGAAGUGACUUCCUGUCACGGCCUGGCCUAGAUAACGCUGACUGAACGGCUUACUGUUUGGCCUAGAUAGAAGAAUUGAUGUAUAGGUGGAGGGCUUGCUGACUAACAGACUUUUUAAUCAUUCAUUUAUCCUCGCUGCUUAUUUGAAGCCAGGCUGCGUCUAUCUAUAUUGUCUCUGUUUGUUGUUAUCUAUAAAUCACAGCUGCCUCUCCUUUGUCUCUCACUCCUCCUCAGAGAAAUGAUGAUCUAUGCAGCUUCUGAAAAGUCAAAGGAUGACCUGCAGUAUGAGGAGAUGAGUGAGGUACGUGCUCGCGGAACACAAAACAUCCUUCCUACGCCUCAAAAUUCGCUAUUAUUACAUUUUGUUGUUCAUUUGUUUUGUCACUCAGGGUGAAAAGAUCAUCUUUGAAUAUUUCUCGGACCCCGAGUUUAUCGACCAGCUCAUAGAGUUUCUCUCUCUGGAGGAUCGAAAAGGAAAAGACAGCUUCAACCCGCGACGCUUCUGCCUCUUCAAGGUGCAAUUUAAACUCUCAGCCUCUAUCGAUCCGACCAACCUUUAACAAAGAAGUGACACAGCAUAGCACCGCUAGCCAAGCCUGAAUUGAGCAACGUAGAGGUGGAAUUUGUGUCAUCAACUCCUGUGAUUCAUUGUUCUCCAUCAGGCAGCUGACAGUUUCCCCGCAUCAAACCGAUGACUGUAAUCUGUCUUUCUUCAGCUUCAAAAAAAAAAGAAAAAUGGUUCCUCCACAUCCAGCGAAACCUUCACGCUCUUUGUUUGAUUGACAGGGGCUGUUUCGUAACUAUGGUGACGUGUUCCUGCCGUUACUAUGGCCUCACCUGGAGCAGCUUGCCAGCGAUCCCCAUGAGAGCUCACAGCGCUGUGUGUGUGAGAUUACUGCAGGACUAAUCAGGGGCAGCAAACUCUGGAGCUUCAGCCAGGUACCGCACACACAUUCGCAGAGACAAACACACAAACUGCACUACUUUUUGAUAAGAAAAGUCAAUAUUAAUAAAAACUUUCAUUAUUGUGUGUGUGUGUGUGUGUGUUUGGUCAGGUGGACAGGCUGUGGAAGCUUUUGUGCCCUUUGAUCAGAACAGCUUUGACCAACAUCACAGUGGAAACCUACACAGACUGGGGCACCUGCAUCGCCACCGCCUGUGUGAGCGUCUCACAUGCAUACAAAUACACCGCACGCAACACGGCUCCAGGCUCACGAAAAAGACAACGAGGAAUUUAUCUGUUUAUGUGCCGAAAGAUCAGAUCUUUAGAAAUCAAUAGAACAAACAUUUGGGUGAAAAUUGGAUUUUGAAAACAACAUUUUCAGCUCCUCACAGUCUUGAGCUAUGUGUGCAGCUAGCAUGACACCGUGGAUAUAUGAUAAACAUGCAGGAUAAACUGUUGUAGCAUUAAUAGAAGAAGAAAUAAUCUGUCCGCGUGAGGAUUUAUUUCAUGUGUGUAAAAAACAGGCCUUUAUUUCCAGUGGAUUGUUGGGAGACUGAAGGAGAAGAAGGGUUAGAGUAAAUGUUCAUUGAUGUCCCACUCCGUUUGUUUAUUGUUUACUACUUAAAGUGUUCUCAGUGGUCUUUAAAUUGUGAUUAUGAAGUAUUUUGCCAAAAUCGUGUUACCUGUGUCAUUUUCAGGGGCUUUUCUUUUACAGAGCUCCAGUAGAUCAUUAGCAAUUCGCCUCUCAGUCGUGGGCGGGGACAGCGCUGCUCUGCACACUCCUCUUCACGCUAGCUUGCAGCCUAACAUUGCUGGUGUAGUAGAAGUAACAACUAACAUAGAAGCUAUUCCAAUAAUAUCAUAAUUAGCUUUCUUAUGAGCACUUGGUCCACAAUCGUCCUCUCUAUUUCUCAGAGUGUGGCAUGCAAAGCGGGGCUCUGGGGGCGGAGCUUGGAUUUGUGACAUAUGAAAUCUCACUGUUUCUGAACCUGCCAUUUGGGUCUGUCAGAGAUUCACAGCGGUUUGAUCGCAGAAACUCAAUUUGGCACUUUAUUUUCUCAUGAGAUUUCCUGCAGCAUCAGAAAAAUGCCAUACGAACAUGUAAAAAACAAGAAAAACAUCAUUUUCAUUGGAGUGGGUAAAGCUCUUACAUGGAACAUCUUAGACCCUACAUCUAUGUCCCUGCCUGGCCUUUUGUGAGGUCCGUCAAUCAAAUCAUCAACAUGCUAUAAAAGUGUGUUGCUUUUAUUUUGAAAACCUAGCUGUUGUUUUAUUUCCGUUUGGACACACGUGCCUACAUCCUAGAGGUGCAUUCGUCAACGGAGACAAGUUUAAACAUCAGCAAAAUAUUCGUAGACACCUUAGAGUUGCCAAGUCUGCUUAUUAUAAAAGACUUUAAGCUUGUUUCUCCCAGAAGAAACAACUACAUGUGAACAACUAGUAGUUGCUUAUUUAGGCUUGCUUUUCUGUAUGUAUGAACCCCCUGAUUUGAAGUUGAAGUUGAAGUUAUUGUUGGUUCGGCCCUCCAACACAGUUCAGGCUUCUCUUGUGGCCCCAUGUUAAUUGCUCACCCCUGUCUUAGACCAUCUCGCAGGCAGCUGCUAAAAUGGGCUUCAUUUCCAAAAGCUGCAGGUUUCCACUUGCACUUUUGUUCAAAUGUCUGUCGUUACUCCAGAAUUUUAAAAAAACAACACUUUUAGGCUGAACAGCUCAUUAUUUUUGAAGAGAUUAUGGUCACAAGUUUGGCAAGUUUGGCGUAAUUAGUGGAAGAGGUGACAGGAGCGAUUGGAGCUUAUUGUAGCUGUUAGACCAGUGGGCAAAAGGCUGUUUCAACUUCACCUCUUUACUUCUAGCUAAUUCAAGUUAACGUGAAAUUGAAUAGGCAUUUCCAAUAUGGCGACCCCUUAUGUCAUCAAAACUCCAGUUCAGAAGUGAUGUCCUUGUUCUCAGAGAAACCCGCCCGGGAAUAUCCAGCAGGAGACUUUAGAGGUCAAGAGACGUAAUUUAACUUGGAAAAGGAGACUAAGGAAAUAUUGAUCUGCAUUCUUGUGACCUUAUUCCAAAUUCUUAUAUACGUUUUAUUUUGUUUUGAAAGUAGUUUGAGUUCAAUAUUAUAUGCUGGAAAAUAUUCUGUUUGUCAUAAAAAUUGUUAUAAAAAUCAAAACAGAAAAAAACAGAAAAUUCGACUUUAGAGACCAGUGGGAAAUGUCACUGAGACUAUGUUCUUGGAUUACACUGUUUAUGGUUUACUUUCUCGAUUAUACCAGACGGUUUCCCAAAACUUUGCUUUUCUAUGUUUAUUUAGAAUAUUCUUUUCUUUCAUAGCACCAUCAUAAAAAAGCUCCAGCACUAGAGGAUGUAGAACAAGUUUAACAUCUCAUACUGAUGUGCUCCUUUCUCUUUUUUAUAGCUUAUUUUAAUGUUCACAAAAUUAUGGUUUUAAUACAAGUUUAUACUGGGAGGAAGGGUUCGAGUUAGUAAAUUAUACAUGCUGUUUACCAGAAAUGAUAUUUCCAGUGAAGUUAGCCUUUUCCUUUGUUUUGUCCGCUGUCCAAUAGGAGGGCCGAGACCCCAGAAAACUCCACUGGCUGUUGGAGAUGCUGAUGGAGAGCCCUCUGAGCGGAGAGGGAGGUUCAUUCAGAGAUGCGAGGUAUGUGUGAAUAAUAACCACACGCACACUGAGUUUAUGUUUAUGUCUCGAAGCAUUUCUGAGGUUUCUGAUUUCAGGCUGCAGUGGUAACCUGAGCUGAUGCACUGCAGGAACUCAGCGACCCCCCCUGGAUGUCUCUCUAACCCACUCCCAACCCCCCUGUCUCUCUGUUUGUCUCUGUCAGCUUGCUGUAUGUGCUUCAGGGAGGUCUGGCCCAGCAGCAGUGGAGAGUCUCCGAGCUGCUGCACCGGCUGCUGGCGUACCUGGAGCCCAAACUCACCCAGGUGUACAAGAAUGUCAGGGAGCGCAUUGGAAGGUAGCAAAUUAACUCGGCGUUAUCACCUCUGGAUUAAAUAAUCAAGGUUUAAAAGGUUAAACUAAUUAGCUUGUCUGCAGUGUUUGGACUUAUACACUCUAAGUGUCCUUAUCUCUGCUUUCUCUCCUCUUUGUUUUUUGUUUCCCUUUUCUCUCUCCCUCCAUUUCCCCUUCACUCCUUCUAUCCUCUCUCUCUCUCUCUCCAGUGUCCUGACCUAUAUCUUUAUGAUAGACGUGUCCCUGCCCCACACCGCGCCCACCACCUCCCCUCAUGUGGCAGAGUUUGUCACCCGGGUCCUGGAGCGGCUCAAGCCCCUCACAUUAGAGCUGGAGAUCCACAACCACGUCCACGAGGAGAACACCCAGGAGACGGACGAGCGCACCCAGGCUGUCAAACUGCUCAAGACGGGUCAGAAUUUGGAUGCAAGCAUGUAAACUGACAUGGUGUAGGCCGGGGAUAGACUGUGGGUGGAUGAAAAAUAUAUACAUCAGGACAGCUUGUCCUCUUGACGAAACAGACUGACACACUGAAGACAGAUGAUAUAAGCUUUUGGUGAUUUCACCUUUAAAAUCUGCCCUAAAAGGUAGUCAGGUGAAGAUUUAGAGGAGUUUCAAAACAGUCCAGGGUCUCCAUUGUGCUUUAUAAUGUGCCACACAUUUUCAAAACGAGACAGGUCUAGACUGCAGGCAGACCAGUACCUUUUUUACUAUAAACCCAGCUGUUGUAACUUGUGCAGAAUGUGUCUCUGCGUUCUCUUGCUGAAAUAAGCAGGGACGUCCCUGAAAAAGACGUGGCUUGGACGGCAGCAUAUGUUUCUCCUAAACCUGUAUGUACCUUUCAGCAGUAAUGGAGCCUUCACAGAUGUGAAAGUCAGCCAUGCCAUGAGCACUAACACACCCUCAGACCAUCACAGAUGCUGGGUUUAAACUUUGACCCGAUAACAAUCUGGAUGGUCCUUUUUCUCUUUAGCCUGGAGGACACCGCGUCCAUGAUUCCCAGAAAAAAUCUGAAAUGUGGACUCGACAGACCACAGCAGACUUUUCUGCUUUCUGUCAGUUUAUCUCAGAAGCCGGCGGUGUUUCUGGCUGUUGUUGAUGUCUGGCUUUUGCUCUGCAUGGUAGAGUUUGAACUAACAUUAACUGACAAAGGUUUUCCAAAGUCCUCCUGAGCCCACACGGUAAUUUACAGAAGGAUGCAGGUUUUUAAUGUAGGGCCACUGGCAUUCAAUGUUGGUUUUGGGCCUUGAUAAUAUGGACUCUUAUGCUGCGCUCCAGUUAGCUUGGAAGUCGGAUGUCGGAGUUGGGAAUGACAUUACACCCGAGUUGAUGGCGUUCCAGUUAAAAAGUCGGAAAACCAAGAUGGGCGCCUACAUUUAGCCGUUGUUAGCUGUUGUUUGCAAUAAUCAGCUGUCGUUAGCCGUUUUCAGUCGUUGUUAGCGGUUGUCAGCUGUAGUUAGUCAUUGUUAGCUAUACCAGUUGUAAACAACGCACAGCACAAUAUUUUACUCGUACAAACACCAUAGCUCUGUGUUCACAGUUGGGCAGUACAACAUAAACCACUUAUUUAAUUUCACAAAAACAAAACAUAAGUGCUAAUAAAUAAUACGAUACGAGAGCUUUCACUGUUACUCUUUACUGUCGAUGCACUGCGCUGCCAUCUUGAAUUAUGACGUUAUCGUCAAGCCGGGGGUUGGCGAGGAUCGUCCGACUUUCUGAGUCAGAAAUUCUUUUAGGGGGCGUUCCAGAUAAAUUUCUGACUCAAAGCUCAGAAAUCCCGACUUCUAAAUACAACUGGAACGCAGCAAAAAUCCUGGAAUUGAAUGUUGAGAAAUGUUCUUAAACUGUUGGACUAUUCGCUCACGCAGUUGUUGACAAAGUAGUAGACCUGGCCCCACCCUUGUUUGUGAAGGACUGAGCUUUUCAGGGAAGCUCCUUUUAGACCGAAUCAUGACACUCACCUGUUCACCUGAUCAAAUGUGGAACUAUCCAAACAGGUGUUUUUGGAGCAAUCCUCAAUUUUCCCAGUCUUUUCCUUGAUUGGGUUUCAGGCAUCAAAUUCUAAAUGAGCGCUCUUCUUAAAGCGAUUACUACCCUUCACUUUGAUAAAAACUAACAGCUGCUUCUCUAUGAGUGUUUGGACCUUAAAGGCGCGACAUUAAAACAUUCAUAACCCACCGCUAACUGCAUCAGAAGGCCUGAAAAGAUGUCUCUUCCUCAGAGAUGAGAGCUGAUGCAGUCUGAGACUGGCACUUGAUUAAAUUAGGUUUACUUUGGUGUGUCGUACAUUUCCUGCUUAAAAUUUUUAAUCUUGAAGGUUUUCCAUCGUUCACUUCAGCAAUAUAUUACUGUGCAGUUUGUUUAAUUUGGUAAGGUUUCCCAAUAGCUCCCUCUGCUCAAACAAAGUUAAUUGGAUUGGGAGGCUGAUGCUCAUUGUUGGUUACAUUUACAGAAUUCAGCAGCCGCCAUGUCCUUCCAAGCAGAGUUUGCAACCAUAAUCAUAGCUUGUGCACUUUUAAUCAAAACUUUCUGUAAGCAAGGCUACUAUUAAAAAGCAAAGUUUGGGUUGUUUUAGUUACCUGCGGGGACUCACAGAAACAAUGUUUCUUUAACUAAUCUGAAAAAUAAACCCGAUUUCUAUCUCUGGCAGAGGGGAGACGGCUGUAAAAAAAAGUGUGUUCACCUCAAUAAAAGAGAAUAAAGAGGAGUUUUGUUUUGCUUCCCGAGGUCAGAGUGUGUCAGAAAUCGUUGGAAAAUAAACUCCGCACGAGUUUCAGAGCUGAUAUUUCAUUUAGGAUUAAGAUUUCACAUUCUGUCUGAAUGCCCACCUGCAAUUAUCACCAUCCAAAGACUAAAUUUAAAUGUAUUUUCUUGUCUCAGCGUUGGUGCUUUGUUGCUCUUUUAGUCCCAGUUUCUACUCUCAUCUCCAUUAUUCAGAUAAAUAUCUCAUUAGAAAAUUAUCCAAAUCAUUAGAUCCUGAAUCAUGAUGGAUCGUGUUUUAUUAGCAGUGCAAUGCAGUAAGGUCACAGCGCCAAGUCUGUUGUUUUUUUUUAUUAUUUGGCAGCGAACCAAGAUGCCCUCCCUGUGUGCGCCUGUGUUUAUGUGUGUGUGUCUUUGCAAUUUGCAGUGUUAAAAUGGUUGAUGGCGAGCGCGGGACGAACUUUCACCACUCCUGUUCAGCAGCAGCUACAGCUCCUGCCUCUGCUCUUCAAGGUAACAACACACACACACACACAAACAAACACACGCACACACCUACAGGUCCCACCGCGGCAUUAUUACCCACUCAAUCUUACUUGCCCAUUAAACUCAAUUUCUCUCUUCAUUUACUCAAAAUGGUGCGUUGCUGUGUGUCUCCCUCACCCCCUCUCUCUGUUCCUCUCUCCCUGCAGAUCGCCCCGGUGGAGAUUGAUGAGAGCUAUGAUGAGAUGAAGCAGGAUGCACGCACGUGUCUCUCUCUCAUGUCCCAGGGCCUGCUGUAUCCUGAACACAUCCCUCUGGUUCUGGCCGCGUUGGAAGAGGUAAUAUGCGCACACUCUGGUACACACACAUGCACACACAUGCACAAAAUCGCCCCACCUGCCUGCUGUCAGCGUGCUGAGCUUAAUGCUGCCCACAGUGUUGUUGGGCUAAAAACAACCUGUGCUAUUUUAAUUUGCCUAGUUUGUGAUGUUUACAGUAUCCUUGCUGCAGGUUUGUAUUAAAGAGAGCUCUCCGGGUAUUAACUGCUGUGUCAGCAGUUUUAAUAUGUGACUGUAGAUUAGACAAGGAUGCAGCAACAUCACAUGGUUUCCAGUUAAAGGGAUAUUCCGGCGUAAAAUUAAGUUAGGGUCAAACACACUGUAACACUGAGUUAGACACCCCCUUGAGAGAUGAAUGUUGCCGACUGUUUGCUUCUCUAGUUAUACCAACUUUAAUAACGACCGCACGAUAACAAUACACAGCGUUCUAAAGAGCCACACACAAACCUCAACCAAAAAGCCACUCUAUAACCACAAGUAAUGCUCAGAACAGCACCUAACUUCAUCAACAGUACAUAUAGGGUCCCAGCCAUAGUACUAGCUACCAAACAUCUUUUUAACUUUGACUAAUUUCUUUAGCAAAGAGACUAAACACAACUCACCUACUCUCUUCCAGGAGUUGCUUGUUUGUAGCGAGACCUCAGGCCAGUCCAUUAUGGGCUACAGCGGGGUGACGCAGCUCAAGGAAGAACAUUUAAGAUCAUUUCUUUAUCAUUUUCUUGAAGUAAUAAUCACUAUAUUAAUCAUUUAAACUGCAGACGCGGUAGUUCUUCUACCUUAGCAUCUCAGUCUGAUUGUAUUUCCAUGAAGAAAUGAUCAUAAAUGUUCUUCCUUGAGCUGUGUCACCCCGCUGUAGUCUGUAAUGGACUGGCCGAGGUCUCACUACAAACAAGCGGCUGCUGGAAGAGAGUAGGUGAGAUGUGUUUAGUCUCUUUGCUUAAGAAAUUAGGCAAUGUUAAAAAGAUGUUUGGUGGCUAGUGCUGUGGCUAGGACCCUAUAUGUCCUGUUGAUGAAGUUAGGUGCUGUUCUGAGCAUUAUUUGUGUCUAUAGAGUGGCGUUUUGGUUGAGGUUAGUUUAUGGCUCCUUGGACCGCUGUGUAUUGCUAUCGUGCGGUCGUUACUAAAGUUGGUAUAAAUAGAGAAGCAAGCAGUCGGCAACAUUCAUCUCUCGAUGUUACGGUGUGUUUGACCCUAAAUUAAUUUUACGCUGGAAUAUCCCUUUAACAUACAACACCCUUUUUUUUUUAUCUGUAGCGUAACCAGCCUCAACGAGCUUUUUCUCUUUGUUCAUGGUUUUUAUGCUAAUCCAGUUCGACUACCUGCAUCCUCUUACGUCUAAGUACUGAUCUCGCCAUUCAAUUGUCAGAGAAACUGGAGUGAGAGUCUCAAAAAAAGGACUGAAUAUUCUUUAAUGGUGUGCACCAGUUUCUCACAGCUUCUGAACUGUCAGUUUCUGACAGCCUCUAAUGCUUUUAAAUCCAGAGUAGCUUUCUGGUAACUGCUCAUUUAAGGGGCAUUCAUCCAAAUUAUUUCCUGUGACAGCCUGUCAGUACACUCAUUAAUACGCCGUUUCAUUUAAGUAUUGAUUUUUUUAGAAAUUUAAUGUGAAGUCACUGCUUUCUGUGUUCUGCUGCUCUCGGGAUCUUGCGAGGCUCAACCUGUAUGAGUCUUGCUUUUUUUUGUACUGGUGAUGACAUUUUGGCCUCCAUUAUUUUUUUCAGCCCUGGAGGACGCCUCCUGGGUUUUAAUCUGCCUAAAUUGUACCAGCAGAGGUUUUCUGCUGAGGACACUUUCAUAUAUUUAGUUACCUGGCAGCCUGUUUGGAUUGAUUGUGAAGUCAGUCUGUUGGUCCAGACUGAAAUAUUCUAACAUCUAUUCAGCCGUUGACAUUUUGUACAGACAUUUAUAGUCUCAAGAGGACGAAUCUUGUUAUUUGGAUGAUUCCCAACUUUUCCUCUGGAACAAACAGCAGGUUGACUUUUUUGGCUUGUGGUGGCUCACAAAACGUUGCAGUGAUUCUUGAUCUAGAAAAGAAUGCUUGGUAGAAAGUUCAGAAAGUUAAGGUCAAAUUUUAAUAGAUCUAUUGACAUUUUUUUAUGAUCAAGUACCCGCAUUGGCACGCAUUAAUGCUAAAACUAUUCAGGAGAUAAUACAUUUUAUAUGCCAGUGUAAAAAGGUGUUCGCAAUGUCAGACUAGGGUGCCUUUGCCUCCCUAAUUAGAUCAGCCACCACUUUUGCAAUCAUGUUAGCUGCGUUUACAUGGGCACAAAUAAUCGGAAUAAAUGCCAGAUUGGAAAAAAAUGCAUCACAUAAACAUGUGGAUCGGAAUAUUUUGAUCCAAUUCGUCUCAAUCAGAAAGAAAUUGUACUUCAAUCGAGAGGGGUGGUUUGUGCCGAUCAUUAUUCUGAAACGCAUCCAUGUAAACACGUAUUCUGAUCGUGACUCUCUUACUUGACUCGAUCUUCACUCUUUAUUUAUUGAGGACAGUACAGGAGGUUUCAUUAUUAACACUCUGGCAUAAAACACAACUGCAGCUGCCGUAUCUGCUCCUCCAGUAACAUAACAUCUGCAUGCACAGUGACCUAACCUUUGACAGAACAGUAAAAUAAGUACACAAGGGCGCCAUCUAGUGACAACAUUUAACAGGGGGAAAACUCCUGAAUUGGAUGAAGUGAGCCACUACUGUGUUUGUUGGUUUGUUGACAGCACAGGUGUUCUUCUGCGGUUGUUUUAGCAAAAUUAGACAACUCUGUGCAUGUCCAAAUGCUUCUAAUCUGAAUAAAGCUUGGCGCACAUAUACACACGUCAUGAUCAGAUUAUUUGAUUUUGCACCCAUAUAAACAGUGGAUUCAGAUUAUCCGAUUCAGAUCAAGAAAUUUGUAAACAUGUAAACAUGGCUAGUGAUAACAACUUGCUAUCUGCAAGAUGAGAGGCAGGACUUUGAUUUUGGAGUAUGCUGCCCCCUACUGUAGCAGAGGUGGACAUGCUUCUAUCAAUAAUUAGAUUUUGCUCAGUGGUUGUAAACUGAGACAGAUGCCUGAUAAGAUUGUCUAAUCAUAACCGCAGCUCGACUCAACUGUGCAUGUAAUCGUACAGGCUGUUAGAUAAUAUAGAGGACUGCUUUAUCCACAGGGGGCGCCAAAAUUCACAUAAACUGAACAUCUCACACAGGAGUUUUAAGCUCAGUUGGAGUUACAAAAUGCACCAAAGGCUUUUCAGUCUGGGCGCUUCAAUUUGCUCUUCCUGGUCCAAAAAAAUGUGAACAUGUUUGCAAACUUAGUGUAAGCAUUUAUAUAUUAGCUUAAGCUUAAAGCACUGCUGCUACUAUGUAGAUACAGCCUUGUUAAAUUGCAUGGCUCCUCAUGUUUUUAUUACAUGACAGAUGAAAAUAAAACUUGAUAAACUGGCAGAGAAGCAUAAAACGGAAACAAAAUUAUCUCUGUAAUAACUUGCACACACAUUGUAUUAAUCUUGUGUAAUUAACUUGUGUCCACAAUAUAAUAUUUUGUUUGCUUGAGACUCAUAAAACUGUCAUGUUUUGGGAUUUACUUGUUUAUGUACAAACCUCUUUCUCUCCGUCUCUUUCUUUAUCCUCCGUAGAUGACCAGCAGCAGGUCAUGGCACGCCCGCUUCUCAGUCUUGGCCUACCUGCAGAUUAUGGUUUUCUACAACCUGUUUACCCUGCUCAGCGCUCCCACCGAGGUGCUCUGCAUCCGAGGGCUCGUAAUGCAGCUGCUGCUUGAUGAACAGCUCGAGGUAAUGUAUGCAGAAAAAGGCAGCAAACACUGGCUUUAAUAAAGCCAUCGCCCCUCUGUAAGGUAGAGGAGUCACAGGAUUAUAAAUGGCCAUUUAUUGUCCCCUAGUCUCCCCUCACUAAAUCUUAAUCCCUUCUUUCUGUUCAGGGUUAUUGCUUAAAAAUAACACUCUACCUCAGUGCUCAGCUUUCAGUUUAUUUCCCUCUUUUGGUGCCUUUCUCUUCUGUGAUUACAGGGAUGUUGAUUGAACGCCGCGGCUGUCUUGCACCCGUCGGCUGGUGUUAUGUGAAGAAAACGGCAUAAAUCCGACUAAUUCCAGAAUGAUAAUUUAGAGACACGUUUUUUUUUUUGGGCUGCUAAAUGUUUAGCUCAUUCAUUAUUUACGCGGUUACAGAGUGCAAUACAAUCAUACUAAACUUCUUAUGCGCAGAAUGCACUCUAGAAAUCUCUGCUAAUGUCGAGCUGUUUGGAAAUUGUUUAAGCACGUCUCACUUUGCUCUAUGUUGCUUUUAAAACCUCCUUUUUUUUUCUCACUGAAGGGGAUGUGCAGGUGAAAAUCAAUAAGCUCCAGGCUUCACUUGGGCUUUCUUUUUCACCACAGAAAGAGUUGCUUCUCUUAAUAUUUCGUAAACCCGCUGAGCACACAGCUUCUUGGACGUGCUGUCUUUGUCUCAUUGUCUAUUUUAAUGCGUCAACCGUCACUCAGCGCUUAUUCAUAAUUUAUGCAAAGUGAUGCAGGAAGGCGGCGAUGUUCUGCAAGUGGAUGUUACCUCAGCUCAACUCAGCAUCCCUCCUCCUCCCUUCCUCCUCCUCUUCUUCCUCCCCUCUCUCUCUCUCUCUUGUCUCCCUCUUUUUUCCCGAUCUUCUUGCCUCUCUUAAUAAAUUGCGAAAACGUUUCUCGCCCUAAAAUCGCCUCCUGCUCUCCACUGCCUCCUUGAUUUGUCGCCUCUGAUUUUAACCAGACUAUAUAGAUAUUUUUUUUAAUUUUUAAGCUCUCCCUCUUUCUCUCCUCUUGUUUCCUACAUCUCCCCCUCCCUCCUUCCUUAUCUCCUUCCCCUCUGUAGGUGAGGGACAUGGCAGGCACCACCCUCAGUGGUUUACUGCAGUGCCAGUUCUUCCCCCUGGACUCCAGUCUGCAGACACAGCUCCAGACGCUGAGUCAGACUCCCCUCCCCAAGGCCAGAGGAGAGCUGUCCUCCUCAGGUACACACACACACACACCUACACACACACACAUACACACAUCAAAACAACACAAUAAGGUAAUCAGAGUAAUGCUUGCCCUAUUACCCUUUCUUAUCCCAGGGGGGUUGUGAACCUUGAAAUUCUAAAACCCAUUUUAACUCCCAUUUGUGUUUUUCUGCGUGUGUGUGUGUGUGUGUUUUGUUGUGUGUUUCGGCCUGUUUGUGUGUGCAGACUUGGUGCGGCGCCAUGCCGGAGUGCUCGGCCUCAGCGCUUGCAUCCUUUCGAGCCCCUACGACGUCCCGGACUGGAUGCCUCAAAUACUGAUGGACCUGAGCGACCACCUGAAUGACCCGCAGCCUAUAGAGGUGCGCACGUGCUAAUACACAACAUAUAUACACACAAACAUCCAACUCAACACAGUGUGAGCUGAAAGAACACAAUUUCAUUGUCCAAUUGAGGAGAAAAUUGUGUCUUUGGUCUCACUUCAGGCAUGAAAAAGACAUACAAUGUAAUCCGUAGUGCAGAGUUUGAAUAAUGCAUUACAGUGAUGGGGAGCCACUGAUGAUGAUAAUUUAGCGCCCAUCCUGCCGCAAAGUGAAAGAGAUGAGAAAGAAAAUACAAUGGAUCACAGUUAAAAAAUAAAUUCACAACUAGAUGAAUGACUCAGUGUGUUACAAAAGCUGCUGAAAAGGAUAAUUCCUCAGCAAAAUGACGGAUUUUGUGCAGGAAAUAAAGAGGGAUACAAUGGCGUGGUUUCCUCAGGCGGACUAAUCUGUAUCAUGUUGUCAGGAAACAGGCGUCUCCCCUCCCUCUCUUAAUCUAAUCAUCUUCUUCAGAGGCCAUGAAGUAAAAUUCAAGUGUAAUGAUAAGUCAUAAAACCAUCCUCUGUUAUAUCGAUCAUCGCUUGUUUUUGUGUUCCCGCUCACUUUAAAAUCUUUAUUUUAUCCUUUCUUAAAAAUUCAGCUCCGCUCUCUUACCUGAGGGUGGCUCUCACUGAAGGAGAAGAAAAGAAAGUGACUGUUUCCAAAGGCUGUUAUCAGCUCUUAACUUUUUUACUUCUUAAAAAACAAAUGAAGCAACAUAAAACGAACAAUCAGCAUCCUCUUUAUUGCCGGAGUUUACUGCAGACUUUAAUGGAAAUGUCCAAAUUGUGAAACACAAACACAACACUUUGAAAUCUUUACUCAAAUGAUGGAGAAUUAGAGCUCUGCAUGGGCAGGGAAGCCUGAUGCCGUGUUUGAGGGGGAUGAUGUGAAGUUCAAACAGUAUAUAGAAUCUGUAGACAGCAUUUAGAAAAGCUUUGAGUCGAGUUUUGAAAGGAAUAAAAAUCAUCAAAGCAGAUACGAUGUGUGUUUUGUACUUUCGCUACACAUUACGACACCAGUGUAUGGCUUUGAAUUAAUCAUCACAUCUUUACAUAAGAUACAGAAAUGAUUACAGCUUCUAUCUUUGUGUUCAGUGGUUGGCAGUUGGUGCAGGUUUGAUGAUGAGCUUUGUAUACUCCAGCUCUGCAUCCUGUGUCUACUUUAAAUGUGCUCUUGAUUAAUAACCCCGCAAAGAUCAUGUGUGCACAAACAUAGAAAGAGAUGGUUUAAACUUCAUGAUCCAAUCUCCAAUGAGGACAAAUUAAGACUAGUUUAUGAUAUUUGUAUUUGUUUACAACCAACACUGUAAUUUGAUCGGAAAUGAGUAACUGUAGCGACUGCUUUUCAGGUGCGCUUGCAUCCGUGACUCGUUUAAUUAUCAGUUAAAAAGUGUUUUAUUGUUCCAAAAAAGUAAACGCUCUGAUCCAGGUCCAAAACUUUUGCCUUCAAAUGAAAAAGUGAUACAAUAAAUGAGUUUAAAACAGGAUGAGUCAAACAGGCAACAGAAAAUUAUCAGAUCUUACCACAACCCAUUGUCUGACUACACACACAGAUUUAAAUAACCCACCAAACAUCCAAAAACCACACCCCUCAGUGAUAAUCCCCCAAAGUGACGUACCUAUUGGAAAUUAUACUUUCAACAAUUGUAUUUUGGCUCCUACAAUAACAUCAAUUGGGGUUUCUUCCUCCUGUGUUAGCUUUUACUACACACCCACUAUGUUAAGGGUCUGUUUUGACCAGUAUCUUAAAUCAGCUGUAAAUUACACUACAAACAAUUCUCCAUCAUCCAAUUUGGUUCUCAUCUUUAGGUUACCUUGUCAGGCUUCAUUAUCCAUGAAAAUAUCUUUAUAAUAUUUUUUGUUGUGGGCCUCUGGGUCUUUCUUUGUCAGUAUACCCCUCACACAGACAUCUAUACUGAACUGAUCUCACAUGUCUGGACAUGCCUGAUGUUGUUUUUUGUGCAGGAAAAACAGGCAAAAUGAGAAUUUCCUAAAUCUCACAUGAUUGGAGGAGGAUCUGACUGUCAGUGUGGUGCCUGUCAGUGCACAUAUGAUUUCAGUUUUUCUCUAAUUAUUAGAUAUUGAUCUAACCGGGUCAACAGUGACCCUAACACUACAAGUGCCAUGAUUUUAAUAAGAGCAUUUUAUAAUUUAGUCAAUUCAAUUUUUUUAUUUUUAUUUUGUUGACAUUGAGGUUUCUGACAAAAUCAAAAAGUCUUAAUGCAAAAAAGCUAAUUUAAGUGGUUCUUUUAAGCAUUUAAAAACAAAAAUGGGUCUGUGCAGACCCUAACACAGGAGGAGGGUUAAAGGGAUGAACUUCAUCGAUGAAGUUCACAGUGGGGCAAUGUACAGAAACCUGACAAAAUCAAAGUCCAGAAGAGGAAGGACUUCUGAUUAAGUACAGAGCAGAUACUAAUCCAGGCAUUUUUUUUAAGGUCUAAGCUGCUGCUACUGCCAGGACAUAAUACUUUUUCAUUAAUUUACAUUUUAUCAACUAAGUUUCUUUCAAUACAAAAAAAGUAAAGAUCUUUUGUAACAUCUGAUUUGUAGCAAUUUUUUGUCCUGAAUCUUAUACUUCAUUAUGCUGGACUUAAAUUAUUGUAUAUAAAAUCAUUUGUCAACCAUUAUUCCUUUCAUAUUCUGUAUUUCUGAUGUUGUUAAUGUUUUGUCUCCAAAGAUGACGGUGAAGAAGACCCUCUCGGAGUUCAGACGUACCCACCAUGAUAACUGGCAGGAGCACCGCCAGUGCUUCACUGAUGACCAGCUGCUGGUGCUCACAGACCUGCUGGUGUCACCCUGUUACUACGCCUAG